AUGACCACUGCCCUAUUACAGAAUUUAGGAUUCGUGAUCAAUGUCCAAAAAUCCAUCCUCACUCCAUCUCCUGCAACUCCCUUUGGUCAAGAUCAACAUCAAAAAAGACAUCAGGAAAAUUCUAGCCUCAUGGCCUAUCCGUCUUCACGACUUAGCUCGCAUAACUGGACUGCUCUCCACCUCUAUACAGGCUUACUUUGCUGUGUUCCCUUGGCUGUUCCCUUGGAGUAAUUUACUUGUUCCUGAGUACAUCGUGGAGUAACCAGCGGGGGAGAGUCCCUGCUAGGACUAGUGCUCCGCUGCAUUGGUUGGCAGCGUCAGGAUCUAGAGUUCACAGAGGAACAAGUACCAGAGGAUUCAGCAGUGCUAAAUGGACCGUGGAUGGAGAUUGACUACUGUAUUUUAAAACGGUCCACGCUAAAAGAUCUCCUGGAAGCAAGAGGAAUAGCAGCAAGUAACAAGAAGAACAUCCCUCUAUCUGUAGAUUGUUGCAAGGCAUUCGUCUUGCUUGACCUCCUGCCCCAAAAUAUUCUCAGUUUUGGGAUGUUGCUCUUGUUAUGUCAUUCUUGGAGGCAUGGCAUGCUUUCAGCGUGCUUUCUCUUUGACAACUGCCAAGUUAGCUUUUCUUCUCUGCUUAGUUUCUUUUAGAAGAGUAUCUGAUAUUCAGGCAUUUGACUUCCAUGCUAUUGACUCCACUCCCCAAGGUGUACGUUUCAACAUUUCUCGCCACACUAUAACUAAUUCCGAUUAGUUACCCUUAAUUAUCCUUACUCUCUGUGUUGCUCAUUAUGUUCAGCACUACGUCUCGUCUACUUCACCUUUGCGUACUCCUACGGGCCCCCUGUUUAUCUCAUAUGGUCGACCACAUAAAGCUUCUCGCUUUAGUGGGCGUAGAUUCAUCUUUUGGAGCUUACUCAGUCAGAGGUGUUGCAGCCUCUUCUGCCUUUAUGGCUGGGAGAUCCCUUGCAGACAUUCUAUCAUCCGCUGAUUGGUCUAGAGUCUACCUUCCGUACCUUUAAUUUUUGACAACCGUCACAUGUUCCUUUUUCCUUGUUUCCACGCUUUAAAACAGCAAACAUGAAGCCUCCUAUUUUACCAUAAAAUUCAAGAUUAUUCCAGCUUCAGUGACCGAAUAAUCUAAAUUUUAUUAAAGACAGGAGGCGAAUACUUCCACCCAGUUUGUAUGCCAUCCCAGAUACUUACAGGUCAGAUAUAUUUUUAUUUCUAUGGUUUUUAUAAGACUUUAUAUUAAACUUCCUGUUUCUGCUUGUUCUAGUUAGGUGAUUUUUAAUGUACCUAGUUAUGGCUAUUUUUGAGGUUUACGUGGUGUUUGGAUUAUAGGAUUUUGGAUUAGACUAGGGUUACAUUUAGUAUUGGGAUACAUGGGGUGUUCGGUUUUUAAGAAAAAGUUAAAUCUAGGAUACUAAAGAGUUUUUUGGUUUUGGUGAGAGUAAGAUAUGGGAAAAUAGAGCAAAGCUGAAUAGAAAGCCAAGAGAAUAGUUAUUGAAGGAGGGUUAUGAUAGAGUAGACUGCAGCAUAUUGAGGAAGAUACCUCCACCAACACUGUGGAUCUAAUACCUGACUGAAAAUGCAUGCUAAACUUCUAGCUUUUUGCUUUGUCUGCAUCUCUGAUAUUAACUGCUUUUUUUUACAUUCCAUUUGUUUUUUGUUCCUUGAAAUAAUAAAUUACUACGUCUGGCAGUGUCCCUGGGGCAACUCCCUUUAAGGGGAAACAAUAGGACAGUAAAAAGGUGAAGGGGAGAAGCAUAGACAAGCAAUACAUUCAACAUACACUGCACCAAUAAUGGGCACAGGGUGACAAAAACCCAAAAGGAAUCUGGGGACCUACAUAUAGUGUAUGUCUUCCAUCCCCAGUGAUGGUGACUCCCGUCACAUAUAUAUUACAAUCAUUUACAGUGUAGCUCUACCAUCAUAGGAAACACAAUAUUGUCAGCCAUUCCAUACAAUCAUAUUUAGAAUUACAUCUGAGAACAUCUGCACAAUAUAUAAUAAAUUGCACUGUUUCUCCAUAGCAAAUUUUCAAUAUACUAUGUAUAAAGUUGGCUAGUAUUUUACAUUAUGGUCAACUAUAUAUAUAUAUAUAUAUUUCUUUACGGUUUUAUCUUUAAGGUUUCAUGAAUUAAUUGUGUUUUAUUUCAGGGGACCAAGGCAUUGACAUUUAAAAGCUGAUAUUUCACUUUGUCCUUUGAGAUCAGGGGUUACCAAAUUAUUAUUAUUCAAGAUGGUAAGGCCAGUAAGUGACCAUAUAUGGUUUUCCACAUAAAAUAUUUGGAAAACCAAAAAUGAACCUACAACACAGCAACUUUUACUGUUACUAUAUUAUUUAACUUCAUCGUUAUUAUCAUUAUUUUUAGUUAAGACAUUUAAUAUUGCAGUAUAGUUUUGUAUUUGUUAAGAAGGCUGCAUUACCCCAAAAACCAGCACGUCUGGUAUCAGGAGGACGAUAAUCGAGGAGGGGAUACCCGGGGGAACCGACUGACACCCGAAUCUCGCCUAACAACCACUGGGAACCCUAAAAUCCCGUUAAGGCCUGCUGGGGAUCAAACCGAGGAGAGGCGGCCACUCUCCUCACUAGAGAUCUGGCAAACAGGCUCAGCACACCUCCAAACUCCUCCCCCCCUCCCCCUUGGACCGGUAGGGGAUAUCCCGGUCCAAACUAAGCAACCAAGUGACUGUAGUACACACCGAGAGCUACUGCACCAGGGCCUGACCGGAAAACCUGGGUGAGCCACGAGGCAUCACCAGAGCUGGAGAGAGGCCUUUGAAACCCGCUUUGAGGCUGUUUGCCAAGCAUUCUGGGACCGCAUAGCCAAACAUGGGGACCUGCCAGCAACCCCUGACAUACUACCUACCUGCCACACAGCAGCGGACACCUGCCCCUCUUCUGGGUCGGGGGCCCAACUGGAGGAGACUCCAGGCCGCAGUGCGACCACCUGCGGGGAAUACCGCAAGCUGGGAACCCCGGAGACCCACGAUCUGAACUCACGAUGGAGGGGGAUCCACAGACAAAGGGCACUAGCUACAUCUGUCCACAGAAUAUUUUGCCAGUACUGCUGUGGAACAUCCAGGUGCUCUUGUGCAAACUGUAAACGUGCAGCAAUGUUUUGUUUGGACAGCAGUGGCUUCCUCUGUGGUAUCCUCGCAGGAAAUCCAGUCUUGUUUAGUGUUUUACGUAUUGUAGAUUCGCUAACAGGGAUGUUAGCAUUUGCCAGUGACUUUUGUAAGUCUUUAGCUGACACUGUAGGAUUCUUCUUCAACUCAUUGAGCAGUCUGCGCUGUGCUCUUGCAGUCAUCUUUACAGGACAGUCACUAAUAGGGAGAGUAGCAGCAGUGCUGAACUUUCUCCAUUUAUAGACAAUUUGUCUUACCAUGGACUGAUGAACAGCAAGGCUUUUGGAGAUACUUUUAUAACCCUUUCCAGCUUUAUGCAAGUCAGCAAUUCUUAAUCGUAGGUCUUCUGAGAGCUCUUUUGUGCGAGGCAUCAUUCACAUCAGGCAAUGCUUCUUGUGAAAAGCAAACCCCAAACUGGUGUGUGUUUUUAUAGGGCAGGGCAGCUGUAACCAACACCUCCAAUCUCAUCUCAUUGAUUGGACUCCAUUUGGCUGACAUCUCACUCCAAUUAGCUCUUGGAGAUGUCAUUAGUCUAGGGGUUCACAUACUUUUUCCACCAGCACUGUGAAUGUUUACAUGGUGUGUUCAAUAAAAACAUGGCAACAUUUCAUUCUUUGUGUGUUAUUAGUUUAACCAGACUGUGAUUGUCUAUUGUUGUGACUUAGAUGAUGAUCAGAUCACAUUUUAUGACCAAUUUGUGCAGAAAUCCAUAUCAUUCCAAAGGGUUCACAUACUUUUUCUUGCAACUGUAUGCUGUCGCUCACUCUGCUUGUCACACAUAGACUACACUUCACUGCCAAACACCACAUGACACUAGCCUAGCACAUUAACCAUAACAACUGUGCAUGAGCUACCUGCCUAGCAAUGUAUGCGUGUAUCAAACAUGAACUACUACUCUAACCCACGCUCAAACCAAGCUUGCUUAUAACAUAAUUAUAUACCUAUAGUCGAAGCUACAAUGUUUAACCUGCUAUGUUAUUAUAAAAUUGUGCCUGAUAAUACAAUGCCCCGCAUGUUACGCAAGGGAAAUGCUUGAGGAAUGCGUUUGGGGCACUUUGAGCCUGCAUGUACCAAUUCUAUGCACUGCAAAAAAUAAAAAAAAAUAAAAAUAAAAAGAAGGCUGCAUUGUAGUCAUCGUGAUUUUAACGGGUAAUAUUGUAUCCUUUGUGAAAUAUUUAUGAAUAUAAAAUAGCUGUGCUUUUUCUGAUAUUUUUUUCUCUCUUUAAAGAACACUUCAAGCACCAUAAACACUGCAGGUUAUGGUGACAGGAGUGCCUUGUACACCCAGCGCAAGCAGUAAACCAUUCCCAUCCCUGCAUCCUUUCAGUUCAUGAUGCUUAGUUUGGAUUAUAGAGUUGAAGAGUUUGAUUCUAAACUUCACAGGGACGAUAAUUAGUAAACAAAAUAACAAAAUUGUGAAACCUAUAAAUAGAGGGUAUAGGAGAAAAGCUGGUAAGGUAAAAACUGUAAAAAAAAUAAGGUAUGUUAAAAUAAAAAAUGUAAUUGGAAAAUACCAUCAAUUUAUAUUUAGCUUUCUCUGUCACCUUCCCCUCUUCUGCUGAGUACACAGUCAUUUAAUAAUGUUAUCUUCAAAUUGAAUCAGCUGGUUUUCCAACCCAAGAUCAUUUUCCCAUACCUGGCCUCUGCAGGCUUGCAGAGCGUUGAACUCUCCUGUCAUUAUGGUGAGUACUGCUGGGCACCCAAGAUCACACAAUGAUUACAUGCAGAAAAAAAUAAUCUAAAGAAAAUGAAAAAAAAAACAUGAAAGUAAGUGAUUCAAACUUUUAAGGAACACUAUAGUCACCAAAACAACUUAGCUUAGUGAAUCAGAUUUGAUGUAUGGGUCAUGCCCCUGCAGUCUCACUGCUCAAUUCUCUGCUAUUUAUGAGUUAAAUCACUCUGUAUACACAGCCCUAGUCAUACCUCCCUGCAUAAAACAUUCCUGUAAAGUGAGAUCUAAUGUUUACACUUCCCUCAUUGCAGAUUCUGUUUAAUUUAUAAUAUAUUAUCCCCUGUACUGUUAAUAGCUUUCUAGACCUUGCAGGAGUCUCCUGUGUGUGUUUAAAAUUACAUUAAUGGGUGCGGAGUUUCGCAGCGGAGCUGAAUGGUCGCACUUCAACAGAGCUCUGGGCAUAACACACUGUUAAAGCCUUCAAAUCGCGCACACUACCUUGACUGUGGCCACAAAAACCACAGGCACAAGAUGGAGGCAUGAUGGGUCGAAAGACCAAAAAACAAAAGCCGGAAAAGCCCCGCAUGGGACAUAUUAUUGGUGACCUCCUGCAGCAGGCACAAAGCUCAAUUAGACCCAAGAUGGCCGACUACCCAGAAACCUACUCUGGUCUUUCUGAUGACUUGUCGUUAGGGCAAAAAGAGAUGACCCUACCCGCCAGCCCGAGACACUUCGCCCGUGACAACAGCCAUAUUGAAGGCGCUACUGGCUGACCUGCAGUCUACCAUUCUGCAGACAUGGCCUCCCUGAGAUCUGACAUAAAGGGCCUAACAGGCAGGUUGGUGAUGGUAGAAACUACCUCGGAGGAACACACCCGGAAUCUGGCCUCCAUGCAGCAGGAAAUCCUAGAGCUUAGAGAGUGAGUUGGGCUGGAGGGUGAGUAAGGGAACUAAUGAGGAUGAUUGUAUUGAGAGAAUAGUCACUCAAGAAGAUGGCAGGCUUUCCUCAAGAGGUUUAAUUUUUAAGGGACUUUUUAAAGGACUGGAGGUUAUGGGAGACUUCUGAUGAUAAGGAGUAGGUGUGUAUUUGACAAAUACUGCAGAUGAGAGCUGGCAGUACAGGAACACAGAGAUGUCAAGAGUGAAGGGAAUGAGAAGUGAUGUUAGUGAGGAGUGUGUUAGUGAAGGCUUUCUAAUUUAGUGUUAGCACUUUUAGUUAUUAUUAUUAAUAAAGUGCCAACAAACUCCACAGUGCUGUAACAAAGGUGGACUAACAAAGUUACUGGAACAAGACAAGUUGGACAGGAAGGUGUUGAGGGCAUGAAGAUGAAGCAGUUACAGUGCCUACAGUGUCUCUUUCAUCUGCUUGGUAUGCCAAGAUUAAACCUUGCAUAUCUCAUUUAGCAGUUUGUCAUUUUAAGGGAUUAAGUGUGUCAUUUGAAUUUACUGGUGUGUUGUGGCAGGAAAUCCAAUUAGCAUAAAUGUUGUAGAAAGUCAAGAACCACAAGAAAGGUUGUAUUAACGAUGACAUUUGGGGCUAGAAGCCCUUAACUGUCCCCCAGGGCAGUAACUACUUGAAUGAUGCUCAUAUCUUGACUUAGUAAUGCAAGAAAAAUUACAAGAGUCAUGUAUCAAGGGGCUGCACAAUAUAUUCUGAUGCAUAGAAAACACUUUGCACCAGGGACAUUUCAGUCUAGCUGAAAGGUGACAUUUAUGUGAAACCUUGUUUAAUUCUCUCUUCAUGCUUUUUAAAAUUAUCUAACCCAUGGACAGAAUGUUAAUAUAAUCAGUUUUUGUUAACUAAUAUUAGAAUUGUUUUGGUGUGGAAAUAAGAUAAAAUAAUGAUGUGAUUCAGGUAAGGGAUGAAAUGAAUCAGAGAUUUUAAAGAACAAAGUAAAUAUUAAAAUAUUGACAAUGGAGGGCAUUAACGCACAGUACACGCGAUCAGAGUGGAGAUGAAGCAAUACUGCUACUGGUUGUCUCUCUCCAGCAUGACAGACGCCCCAUAUGCACUGAAUUAAAAUUAGCCAGCCCGGAACUUUUGUACUAAACUAGCUAAUGACGCUGCUGGAAGUGGAGUUAACACAGUAUGUGCAACAUUUCAGAGUGAAAAGCUGUACAUACUGUACAUGCUCCAAGUACCAAGGCCACUUCAAAUUACUGAAAUAGUCAUCAUGCUUGGAGUAACCCUUUAAAGGAUUACUCCAAACAAAAUAAUAAAAAAAAAAAGAAAAGCCAAACUUGCCUGCCAUUCAACCCAGGGGGCUUGGAGGAUAUGCACUUAACCAGGCCACUACUAUCAUUGAGGGCAGGCUAAAGACACCGUGGGAGGGAAGUUACACAUCGGAAAUGAAAUGCUGAUCAUACAUACUCCAAACACCAUGACCACUUCAAAUAACUAAUUUGGUUAUAGUGCUUAUAGUGCUAUGGUGCUAUACACCCUUUAAUGUGUGAAUACACAGCCUACAGUUGUGCUCAAAAGUUUCCAUACCCUGGCGGAAAUUGUGAAAUUCUGGCAUUGUCUUUGAAAAUAUCACUGAUCAUGCACAGAAAUGUAUUUUAUUGAAGGAUAGUGAUCAAAUGAAGUCAUUUAUUAUUACAUAGUUGUUUGACUCCUCUUUAAAUGAUAAUGAUAACAGAAAUCACCCAAAUGGCCCUGAUCGAAAGUUUACAUACCCUUAAAUGUUUGGCCUUGUUACAGAUACACAAGGUGACACACACAGGUUAAAAUGGCAAUUAAUGGUUAAUUUCCCACACCUGUGGCUUUUUUUCAAUUGCAGUUAGUGUUUGUGUAUAAAUAGUCCAUGAGUUUGCUAGCUCUCACGUGAAUCCACCGAGGAGGCUAGAUACUAAGUCAUAUGGAGCAGAAAAGACCUGUCAAAAGACCUGCGUAACAAGGUAAUGGAACUUUAUAAAGAUGGGAAAGGAUAUAAAAAGAUAUCAAAAGCCUUGAAAAUGACCCAAAAAGAUUUCAGCCACAACUACCAUAUGAAUUGUUCGGGAUACAAAGAAAAACAGGUAACCUCAAGAGAAAUACAGGCUGCUCUGGAUAAAGACGGCGUGGUUGUUUCAAGGAGCACAAUAAGACGACACUUGAACAAAAGUGAGCUGCAUGGUCGAGUUGCCAGAAAGAAACCUUUACUGUGCCAAAAAAGCCCGGUUACAAUAUGCCGACAACAACUUGUCAUACCUCACAGCUUCUGGUACACUGUAAUUUGGAGUGAUGAGACCAAAAUAUAGCUUUAUGGUCACAACCAUAAGUGCUAUGUUUGAAGAAGGGUCAACAAGGUCUAUAGUAAACAAAAAAUAACAUCCCCACUGUGAAUCAUGAUGGUGGCUCGCUGAUGUUUUGGGGGUAUGUGAGCUCUAAAGGCACUGGGAAUCUUGUGAAAAUUGAUGGCCAGAUGAACGCAGCAUGUUAUCAGAAAAUAAUGGCAGACAAUUUGCAUUCUUCUGCACGAAGGCUGCGCAUGGGACACUUUUGGAUUUUCCAGCAUGACAAUGACCCUAUGCACAAGACCAAGUUGACCCUCUAGUUGUUACAGCAGAAAAAGGUGAAGGUUCUGGAGUGGCCAUCACAGUCUCCUGACCUUAAUAUCAUCGAGCCACUCUGUGGAGAUCUCAAACGUGCGGUUUAUGCAAGACGACCAAAGACUUUGCCUGAGCUCGAGGCAAUUGGCCAAGGCAAAUGGGCAGCUAAACCGCCUGCAAGAAUUAGGGGCCUCAAAGACAACUAAUACAAAAGAUUGGACGCUGUCAUUGAUUCUAAAGGGGGCAACACACAGUAUUAAGAACUAAGGGUAUGCAGACUUUUGAACAGGAGUCAUUUGAUUUUUUUCUAUGUUGCCAGGUUUUGUUUUAUGAUUGUGACAUUCUGUUAUAACUUAAAGUUGGAUAUGAAUCCCAUAAGAAAUAAAAGAAAUGUGUUUUGCCUGCUCACUCAUGUGUUCUUUAAAAAUGGUAAAUAUAUUACCAAUUAUCCAAGGGUAUACAAACUUUUGAGCACAAAUGUAUACAUAUUCUGUAUGAUUUUUUCAGAACCCAAGCAGUUCCAGAUUGCCUGUUAUUUAGAGAGAGGAAAUGUUUUUUUAUUUUUUUUUAAUCCUGUGAUAAAUGUGAAAAUGUUCACUCUCCAUCUGACUCACCUGAGAAUCUGUGGAGCAAGCUAUCAUUUCAUCAAAUUUUAAUUUCAUUUUCAAACACAACAGAAUGGCUUUCAUGUGAAAAUAACGUGUCUGAUUUGGUUUCAUUGAACUGAACAAAUAGAGUUGUUUGUUUAUCCAAGAUGUUAGAGAGUAACAGAUAUGGGGUUUUCACUGCAUACAUUGCCUUUUCUUAGCCACAUAAUACAUUAUGUGGAAGUGGCAAGCCCGGACUGUGCCACAGACACUUAUAAAUAUUUAUUAGAAGAGCAUUGUGUCAUCUUUAUAAAUUGCUUAGCUAUACCUGUAUACACCUACACGUUUUGCUCUCUUUACCUACAAGGCUGUUGAACAACUACAACUGCCUUAAGCCUUGAGAAUUUACCAGCUGUAAGACUGACAAAGCAUCAUGGGAGUUGCAGUUUUGCAGCCACUGAGGAUCUUCAUUCUGACCUCCCCUGAUCUAGACUGUCUCAGAUCAGAGUCCUGAAUGCCAUUUGGGUGCUGUCUCUAUUUACUACAAACCAGUGGUAACUAUAGGUGAAUGCUACAGUACUGAUGAGAAGAUGGAAUCUGUAUCUUGGAGGUCUGUUGUACAUUUGAAAAAUUAUGAAUGUGACUUACCUCACUGGAGCCUUGCAGGCACCACAGGCAAACCUCAACAUAUUGAGAACAGAAAGCCAAGGAUAAGGUGCAGCAUGGCUUGUAAAAAGGAUAUUUGCAACACUUUCUUCACUGAGUACUCUGAGCAGUGGGUGGGGGCCCUAAACUAGAAUAAGGGGGGGACCUAACGUCCUCCCCCUGGCCCCCAGCCCUGAGCGGUGGGUGGGGGCCCUAAAUACAAAUUGGCGGGGACCUAAUGUCCUCCCCCUGGCCCCCAGCCCUGAGCGGUGGGUGGGGGCCCUAAAUACAAAUUUAACCCCCCCCCAGGUGACUAGGGGUCCCCAAACCUCUAGUCACCCCCUCCCCAAAAAAUACACCCCUACACCCUAAAAAUAAUGAGGGGGGCUCUUUAACUAAGUACCUGUAAAAAUAAAAAUAAUCUUACCAUUUGAUGUUUUCUUUCUUCUAAAAUCUUAUUUUUUCAGCCCCAAAAAAGGCCAAAUAAAAAGCCAUAAUAACCAACACAAUAAAAAUAAAAAAAAAAACGAGCGCAAAAAAAAAAUAAUCCAUCUUCACCCGGAGAGGGCUCUGACAGGUAAGUCUCUACAUUUACCUGUCACAGCACUCUGAUUGGUUGGUUUGAAAUCCACCAAUCAGAGUGCUCUUUGUCAUUUUCCACAGCGUGGGAAAUUUCUUUGGAACUUUCCCACGCUGUGUAAUUUGACUCAUAACACUCUGAUUGGUGGAUUAAGUAACCAGAGAGUUAUGAGUCAAAUUGCAGGGCGGGACAAGGCUUUAUAAGCCUUCCCCCACCCUGCAGAGCUCAGUCUGCGCUGAGCCCUUGCCGUGUGAAGAUGGAUUUUUUUUUGCGCUCAGGUUUUUUUUUUUUUUUAACAGUGAGCAGCCACAGGCAAAAUUACUAAUACUAAUAAUAGACCUAAAUUGGUCUUUCAGCCUUUUGGUAGAUAACUCCCUAAUACCGUGGGAAUUAGGGAGUUAUCUACCAAGCGGCUGCAAGAGAAGUCCCGAAAUGCCAGAGUUCCGAAGUGCCAAAGUUGCCGAAGUUCCGAAGUGGCGAAGUUCCGAAGUGUCGAAGUGCCGAAUUUACGAAGUCCCGAAUUUCGGAAUGCCAAACCUAGCCGAAUAUUUUCCCCAUGCACAUGCCUAGUUCCUAGUGUGGCUCACUCUCGGGACGUGGUGCAACGCCCAUGUGAGAGUGUGUCUCACUCUUGGGAUGUGGUGAUACGCUCAUGUGAGAGUGAGAGUGUGUUUCACUCUCGGGAUGUGGUGCUACACUCAUGUCAGAGUGAGAGUGUGUCUCACUCUUGGGAUGUGAUGAUAUGCUCAUGUGAGAGUGUGUCUCACUCUCGGGAUGUGGUGCUACGCUCAUGUGAGAGUGUGUCUCACUUUCGGGAUGUGGUGCUACGCCUAUGUGAGAGUGAGAGUGUGUCUCACUCUCAGGAUGUGGUGCUACUGUUUAUUUAUUUAUUUAUAUAUUUUUCUAUUCCAUUUGCAUUUUUACUGCAAAUGUUUUGAUAUUUUCUGUUUGUGUAGUAUUUGCAUUGUAUCAUAUUAUAUUUAAUUUAAUUUAAUUUGGUUUUCUAGUUUCAUUACUUCUAAAAAUAUAAAUUGUAUCAUUAAAUAUAACUUCAAGAACACAUAGAUCACAUAUCUGAGCUCUACCAAGUAUGUAGAGGGGCAUGCUGAUUGACGCAACCCGGUGGAAGACAUUUAUGCGCACUGGCUUCCCAGUGUUCCCUCUGGGGAAGCAUUGGAUUGGCUGAGAUCAACAGUACUGAUGAUCUUAGCCAGUGGAAAUGGGGUGACUUUGGGGAAAAAAUUUUGAGAAAAUGCUAUAAUUUUAGUUUUGGGGGGCUCAACAAUCUAAAUACUAGUAUAACACCCUACUGUUUGUAUGUGUAGUGCUAGAGUGUUCCUCUAAGGGAACAAAUGUUCCAAUUUUACACAGUUGCAUCAUUUUAAUUGAUAUUCAUGAUUUCAAAGGUACUGUAUGGUGUUUCUGGGGACAAAUAAAAACUAAAUGUGGAUAAUCCUCUUUCUAUGUUGUGGCACCAUUGCCUAACACAUUUGUCAUCUGACUCAGAUUGGUGCAAAGUUAGACUUAGCUCCCUAUAUUGUUUACUUCUCAAAAUAUAUAUAUAUAUAUAUAUAUAUAUAUACACAUUUAUAGUGUAAUUUGAUUUCUUAGGCUGUUAAACUGUUUUGAGUGAGACCUGGGGGGAGGAGGGGGGGAAUAGAGCAAGCACUCAAAAUUACACAUCUGAAAACUGUAAAAGGCAUGUCUGAAAUAGAGUGGUACAAAUUCACAAACACUAAAAUACUAUUUUUUUCUGCAGUUAUAGAUCAAAAGUACAAUGCAAUAACAUUGUUACAAAAUUUGACGAAUAUUAGUGAUAAAAUAGCUGUAGAAAAUGAUGGCUGUGUAAAAUUAUGGAAAUUUCAUGAGGAAAAUGCAUAAGAGCAUAAGGUUUGAUGGCAGCUUCUAAGUGAACAGGUGCAAGAUAAAAAAAAAUAAAAAAUAAAGUUUUACUUUGAAAGAAUCGUGACUGCACCACAUAUAAUAUGUCGAUAUCAAUAAGAGACAAUAGUAACUUAGAUUUAGACAUUAAUUAUAUCCAUACAAAAGACUGAUUAAUCAUGUUUUUCUUUAUUAAUCAUGUUUUUCUUUAUUAGGAUAUCAUGCUUCAUGCUAAUUGAUACUAUUACAUGUAAUCAAAACAAAUCCCAAUCUGUCUUUAUAAAAAAAAACAAGACAAAAAAACAAUAAAUAAUAUGUAUACGUACAAUGAAACAAAGAAUUUGGCUGAACAAAUAAUACAUUGGGAAAUGUUCAGUGAAAAAAACAUAGCACCGAAUAGAAAAAAGUCCUUUAGCUAGUUCAAUUCUAUAAAAAAUACCAACUGCAUUAAAUUGUGGCAUUUUAAUAUUUAAAUAAUUGUUAUUCCUUUAAUAACACAAAACUUGUAUAGUGCAAUUAUCAUCAGAUACAAUAAAUCAGUGAGUGACCAGAUGCAACUGCACCUUUUGUGACUUACAGGACCAAAGAAAUGAUAUCCUUUCAGUACAAAGUGUUCGCUUAAAUGUUUUUUAUGAGUUGUUUCUCUACAUGCCUUGCUUCUAUGGCUUUUAUUAUAUCAGACACAAAGAGGGCAUUCAACAAUAGAUUCAAUGAACGCAGGAGAUGUAUUGAGCAAUUUUUGCAAACUCAUAACGUUCCUAAAUAUUUUAUCGCUCAUCCUAACAGUGAAUGUCAAUUUAUAACCACAUAGGGUUUAUAAGUUAUCAGGUUCAAUCUACUUUCCAAGGACAUAUAUUUUUUUGCCUUUUGUGUUGAAGAGUUGGGGACUAUAGUCUUUUCAAUCAAUCUUGAUUGUUGAAUGAUCUUCAGUCUAUUUUCCUGCAUAAUCACACUAUUAAGAAAGGUAACACUGGGUGUCAGGAACUCUGGUAAAUCAAAUGGCUGUUUUAUUAAACUACUAUACUACGAAAAGAAGAGAUAAUUGAUGAUGAUGAGGAUAAUGGUGCAAAAGAAAGUGAUAUGGAUGGUGUCUGAAAGAGCCAAGAGUCCUCCGCACAUAGGGUAUCAGUACAUUAUCUUCUAGGGGCAUUAGUUGUAUACUAUGCAUUAUCCUACUGAGAUAAAAAGGGAGCUCCCAAACAUGUACAGCAGGGAUGCCAUCAGAUUUCUUGGGGCCCCUUUCAAAUCCACUGGUUGUGGCACCCUGACACACACUCUCAGACACAUACAGACUAACAGACAGAGAUACACACUCAGAGAAAUACAUCAACCCAUUCUCCUACAGAGAGAUACGCACUCACAGACACAACCAAAUAUGCAUCACAGACAAUCUUAUGGGAUGCACACAGAGACAUAGAGAAACAUGCAUGUGGUACACACAGCUACAGGUACACACAAAGAUAAACAUUGGCGUACACUUAAUACUGAACACAGCGCUGGCCCAAGAGAUUGUGUUGCCUGGGUCUGAGAAUGAAAGGCUGCCCACCCUCUACCAAAACCAUGCACACAUCCCUUAUGUUAUGCAGUGUGUGUAGUGAAUGCAUUGUGUGUGUGUGUGUGUGUAUACUGGAUUCAGAGUGUGUACUUGUGUAGUGGAUGCAGUGUGAUUGAAGUAAAUGAAUGCAGUGUAAAUGAAGGGUGUGUGUAGUGGAUACAGUGUCUGUGUGUAAUGAAUGCAGUGUGUGUAGUGGAUGCAGUGUCUGUGUAGUGGAUGCAGUGUGUCUGUGUAGUGGAUGCUGUGUCUGUGUUUGUGUAGUGCCUGUAGUGAGUGCAGUGUGUGUAGUGGGGUUGGAUUGGGGCUUUUAGGGUUAAGCAGUUAAAAAAAAUAUAUAUUAUUAUAAUUAUUGUAUAUGUUUAUUCCUUCCUUCCUACCUCUUACCUGUGGCCAGGAAGGUGGGACAUUAGAUUCUCUGGUGGCCCGGUGGCACAGCAUACAUGUCCUGUGAAGAAGGGGCCCAGAAUUCUAAGAAAUGUAAGCUGUGUGUGCGCGGUGCUGAUGGUUGCCACGGCAACACUCCGCGAAGCAUGUAAUGCAUGCCGGAGUGUUGCCAUGGCAACCUGCGGCAAAGCUUUCACAACUCACGAGAGGAGCGGACAUGCUUCUGGAGGGAAAGUUUAGACUUCUUUGCUCCUUCUUCACAGAACAAGGUAGCGGGGCCUGCGACGGCUAUUUGCAUAUAUAUAUAUAUAUUUGUGCUCAGAAUUUCUAAUACAUAAUGGAAUGAAUGUAGAAGGAGAAGCAAAGUUGGUUGAGGUGUGCCGAAACCAACGUACGAGUAGGCCUGUAAUAAAAAGAGGGCAAAAGAGGAUUCAAAGUAAACACACUUUAUUGCAAGUUAUACAGCAAGGGUACUAAAAGCUUGAUGGAGCUUCCUCUCUGAUUGAGGUAUAUACAUAAAUAAACUGAGGAUUUCCUGUGUCCUGGUCACUAACUGAUGUGGACUGGGGUGUAAGAGCAUGAAGCUGAUGAUGCUGUGCCUAUGCAAAAUGAGUGACCAGAAAAGGAAGCCAGGUUGUAGCUCAACCUUGAUGGUAAGGUUCUGUCGUGAAAUAAUGAAUUUGGCUGAUAGUGAGUGGGUGCCCUUGGAGACGUAAUAGUGGAGUGUCAGGGUAGGAGGUUUAAGAAAGGUGCAUGAUUAGGGCAGGUUGUGAGGACGUGGUGUAGUAUGCUGGUAAAGGUAGAGAUUCCUGGUAUAGUGUAACUUUAAGGUGUAGGUGAGAGGAGGAGGCAAAAACCACCACAGUUUUACUGUAAAGUUUCCUUUCAAGUUUCCUUUCUGCUUGUGAGCUUGUUACAAAAUUCAAUGCCCUAGCAUGAGUAAUAGUGUAGUUGGGUGAACUGUGUGGAGCGUGAGUGCCUGUGGUAUCCUGGAUGGUAGGUGGUGGGCCGUAGGGAGUGCCUGGAAGAAGACCUUAAAUUGAGAGCGUGAAAGAGCGUCAGCAUCUGUAUUGUGGACACUAGGAAUGUGAAUGCAGACUAGAUAGAACUCAGAGGUUGCUGCCAGCCAAGUCAGCCUGCGAAUCAGCCUCACAAUGGUUAGCGAGGAUGACCGACCUUUGUUAAUGAUAUCGCAAGCUGCGGAGUUGUCAGAGUAGCAUUUAACUGCCUUGCUGGUCCAGAGAUGACCCCAUGAGUGGGCGGUCGCCACGAUGGGGUAGAUCUCAAACAAUGAAGAAGUCUCUCUAAAGGCUGGCAUGGCAUCCGUCUCAAUGGGCCAGUCAUCCCUAAACCAGUGGUUGCCGAACAUGGCUGCGAACCCUGUGUGUGCUGCUGCGUCUGUGUGAAUUGAAGGUGAGUGCUCUGAAAGUGGGGUAAUGAACAAAGAGAUCCCAUUCCCUUCGGCCAAAAAUCUACUCCACAUGUGUAAAUCUGCCCUGGCUGGAUCGUCCAGAAUGAUUGGGCAGGAGUCAGGCACCCCGUGGAGCAAAUUAAGUAGCCUAGGUAUUGGUGUCCAAUACUAUGCCCAAGAAAACGAGCUGGGUAGAAGGACCAAGAGUUUUGUCUGGUGACAGAGGGACCCCAAGUGUUGUGAAAAUGGCUGUGGUGCUAAGGAUACUGCUGGGUGUUAGAGAACCUGGUUCAAUCAACAAAAAAUCAUCCAGAUAGUGGAUGACUGAUGGACACCUGAUUAUGUUUAGGAGCAGCCAGCACAGGGUUUCUGCAAAUAUGUCAAAUAACUUUGGGCUGCUCCUAGAGCCGAACGUGAGCCGGGUAGCGAAAAAAUACUUAUUCCUCCAUUUAACACCGUGCAAGUGCCAUAGUGAAGGGUGAAUGGGUAGCAGUUUAAAAGCGUUGGAUAUGUCUGUCUUGCUCAACCAUGCCUUACUACCUGCUGAAAUAAUAGCUUGCAUGGCAUUGUCAAUUUUGGCAUAUUGCAGUGAGCACUCCUCAGCGGGAAUAAGGGAGUUGAUGCUGGGAAUGGAGGAAGAGUGUGGUGCAGAGAGGUCUAUAAUCAAACGUUUUUUAUUGGAGUAUUUGUUAAUGGCUACCCUGAUGGUAUUGGUAUGCCAAUAUGAGAAAGGUGAAGACAGGAAAGGGCCGAUCAUGAAACCAGCCUUGAUUUACGUGGACAGAAGGUGGUCCACCGUAAGUGGGUCAAUGGAUGCAGAUAAUAGGUUAGGGCAUUAAAGUGUACCUGUGGGGAUGGCGAUAAGGCCUGUGUGAAACCCCUGUGAGAAACCCGUCACCAGAUAAUCUACCAGAUGCCUAGCUGGGUGUGAAUGCAGAUAGUAUUCCAGGAUGUCAAUGUUAACCUCAGUUAGUGGUUUCUUAGGUGACAGUCGGGCUGGGCACAUGGACUUGGUGUGGGCUCUGAAGCAGAUGGAGCAGAUGUGCAAUGCACUACGUGCAGUGAAAUUGCAUUCCCCUGCAUUAAAGUCAUUGCACACAUGCACCCUGCCCAGGAAUGAAAUGGGUCUGCCCAGCUUGUCCCUCUGCCCACCUCUCUGUGUGUGGGGUGAAGGAGUGGUGAGAAGUGGAAGUGUCUGUCUCUCAAGAGCACAAGUCGGUGAAGUGAGAAGAGGAACUACAGGAGGCACAGGAUGGGGGCCUCAAACUAGCAUAGUGACGGCUAAACAGUUCUGUGUCCAUCUGGCACCAGUUGAUUCUUAUGUUGAACUGUGCCAGAUGAGUAGCUGUCUUGGCCGACACUGAUUUAUGAAAAUCAUAAAAUGAGGACCCUCCAUACUUGAUACCUUAGUCAACCACCUUAUGUAAGUAUAAAUCAAGCUCUUCCCUCCUAUGUGGGUACACCGUGCGGAUAACGUCCCGAUAAAUGCCAAAGGCGAUGACAAACUGGGGAAUUGUUUAGCUUCUUGUUAAGUCGUGGAUCACUCUCUUUUAGGACUACUGAAAUGUCACCAUGAAUAUAACUUCUGUUCACACAUCUAACCUGAUGGAGCUUGUCUCUUUGAAUGAUGUACUUGAACGUAUGUAGAUACUAACCUUGAGUAUUUCUCCUAUUUUUUUGGCCAAUGUACAGGAAGACUUCCAUGUAUAUUCUUGCUUCUGCAGGGAACAGUUCCGGUCAAGGUAUCCUAAGGGUAAGAGAUGCUAGUGGGCCUGAUGCGUGCCACUGGUUUGCCAAGUGUAAAACUGUUGAACAUAUGGAUAGGUAUGAAUCAAUGAUACUGUAACGUAAGAACCUGUGUAAGCUAAGGGACCUGAACAUUGGUCCGUAAUUAGAGACAAGCCCCUGGGUUCCCACAAUUGUGAAAUUUAAAUGAUACGAAGGCGAAGUAAGGCCUUAAGGAGAAACGUAAUCGUAGUGAGUAAGAUUAACAAUACCUGAUACUGAAAUGCAGGAAACCAGGUAGUCUGUUGGUGGUUGAAGGCGUAGAACUUGGCGAAACUGUGGUAAUGACUUAGGUCUAAGUAUUGAUAUGUAGAAAUAAAAUGUACCGUUAAAUUAGUAGGAGUAAAGUGGUGUAGUUUUAUGUGAUUGUUGUUGAAAUCAUUGUGAGGAAUCUUAGAGCUGGCCCAUUUUGAAGUUUAGAACCCUCUUUGGGAGGUGGGAAGGCCGUGGAGGCUGAAUGAGGCCUCAAGGGGAAAAUGAAAACUGGUAAACCUUCUUACCUGAAAUAGUAAUACGGGAUACUGGGAUACCGCUUCCUGGAGACUGUUUGAAGGAAAAGUAGUAGAACCUAAAAACAUAUGCAUACUAAGUAUAAGGAUUUUAUAGGUUUUUUAGGAAACAGAUUUUGCAAUCGUGCUAAUGGUCUGUAAUGAGCCUGGUGAAAAAGGACCGUAAUAGCUUAACCUAUGACAUGCAAAACUAAGAAAAGAUGUAGUGAGCGGAGUGACCUUAGUUACUCAGAAGACUAGUGUGAAUACUAGGGAAAGGAAAAAGAAAUUUGUACUAUAAUAGACAAAGUUCCAGCAGGAGUAAAUAAUGGUUCCUGGUGGUGUAUUUAGCAUACCGUUACUUAUUAAGUGAUUGUGGCCUCACUGUGCCUUUAAGAAGAUUCCCCUGUGUAAAAAUGGUGUCCCAUAAUUUAACGUGACCAUAGACAGGAAAUAACACAGAAUUACUAUUUUAGCCAGUAGUGACUGAAGAGCCAUACUAAACACAUAAAUUAAUAUAGGAUACAGAUAAUGUGAAAGGGUAAGUGCUUUCGUUUAAGCGAAUGGCAUUACUAGAAACAUUUAUAACACAUUAGUGAAUUUAAAUGCUGAAGCCUAAUGCGUUCGGCAAAACGAACGAACGAGAGGACUGUAAGCAGAAAGGAAAUACCUGCGGUCGGUUAAUGGAGCAUACGAAAGGCUAAACGAAAGCCAUUUAUAUUGUGGCCGGCUGUUCAGACAUACAAAUAAAUAGACGAACGUAAGUGAGUUUAAUGCGGUCGGCAGUUAGUUUAUGCGAAAGACAAAUGAAGGUGUGUACUCUGCGGUCAGCUGUUAGCCGCACAAACGCAGAAGUACACAAAUGGUAAAUGUGCAUGAACAGGUAAGUAUAAUGAAGGGAGCCUAUCCCCGCGUUUUUAGGCCCGAACGUGGGAAAUAGCUAAACGUUAUUUCCCACCUUAUGCUUAUGUGGACGUGCCGGUCUCGUGACCAGUAGCCGGGUAGCGGGUAGCGAUGUCGGAUAGAAGCCGGUUGGCGGGCAUGGAGGUUGGAGUCAGGAGAGCUGCUGACGCCAAAAUGCUUGCUGGAGACUGGAAUUUUUGGUGGGAACUAUGAACCGGAAGUGACAAACAGCUUGAACGGCAAAGGUAAGUAGGGGGGUAUGAGUUUAAAUAGGGAUAACUCCUCCCACAAAUUCAGGCCAAAUGGCCUUCAAACAUAUAUAUAUAUAUAUAUAUAUAUAUAUGCAUGGGCACCGUAAAGUGUACAGGGGUGGCAAAAUGCUGCAUCUGUCAAAGUGCCACCUGGAGCCAUGGCCCUGACUAAACACAUACUCUACUAAACAUAUACACACAAUUACACUGCUAAACAUAUACACACGUUUGCAUAAACACUUGUAUGCACAUACACGCACAAUCUAUUAUACACAUAUACUGUACAUUAUUACACACAUACAUUGCUAGACACACACAGAGCUACAUACAUAUACAUUGAUACACACACAUUUUUACACAAUCAAACAUUGCUAAACACCCCACCAACUACAUGCAUAUGCAUUACUACACAAACCCACACUAUACACUUACACUACUACACAAGCGUACGCUAGUAUAAACACACCCUGCUACAUACAUAUAUAUUGAAAUUGAUGCUCUAUUUACCCACCCUCUCUCCUUUUUAGUUACCAUAUUGCAGCUGGUGGGUAGCUUCCAGUUCCAGUGGGGAUAGAGCUGGAAAAGGGCUGCAGGCUAUUAUCUGGCUCAUAACAUACCUAUAUGCUGUAUAGAUUCCAUUUGCUAAUAACUAAUUCUAGAUCAAAAAUUCAAAGAAAAGCUCUCUAACAAUUGUCAUUAAAUCCCACUACAACAAACACAACCAAGAUAUGGGGACGGGCAGAUCAAGUGUUAGUCAUAAUAAACCCUUCUUGCUUCCCCAUUCUAAAUGAAGAGGUGGUAAGAGAAGGAGCUGGUGGCUCGCAUAUAAAUUCUUGCACUUUACAUUUUUCAUUGACCACAUUCUCCAAACCUGGAAUUGAGUGGGGCUUAUACAUGCCCCAGACCUGUAUAUUAGCUGUCAACCCUUGCUAAUUAGAUGAGGGAAGAAUUAAGAGCUGCAUGUUUGUUGAUGAAACAGUCCACUUUCCACAAAAACAGAACAUACAAUGUUCAAUCUAUUUGGUUAAUUUUUCCCAAACAUAGCACCCAAUAUGUUAAGAAUAAAAUAUGGGAAUGCCACACCUCAUCCUUCAUCUUGACAAAUAUUCAAUGGCUGAAUCAAGUUGGUCAGUAAAGCAGGUAUAUUUAUAAUUGUAAAACACCAUCUAAAGCAAACUCAAUUCUGUGGGAUUUAAAAAAACAAAUAUAUUUAGGAUAACAUUUGGGUGAUAUGAAAGGGAGAAUACAUAAUGUAAGAUUUGUUUGGAUUUUUUGGAAUAUUUUAGAAGUAUUAUUUGAAUAUUUUCAGAUUAAUACUUUUGCGUAUGUGUGCCCUUGUGGUUUGCAUUGUCAUGUACUGUCUCAUAAAAAUCUGGUGUAAGCCAUGAUCAAAAUAGUCCUACUAAAAAACAAACCCAAGAUUCAACAACUGAUUUAUCCAGAACGUUUCAAAACAUAAUACCUUCUACCUGUGGGGUGUAGAAAAGUAUUAAAAUAUAUGGUGAAAAUGCAAAUGUAGUUGCAAAUAUCAGGCCUAAUGGGAUUUACUUCCUCACAUGCUUGGUUUAUUUUAACAAUAUGAAAUAAAAGAUUUUUUGUUUCCGUUACCUACAUUUUUUGACUACAAGAAUACUAAAAGUGCAGAUUAAAAAGAGGAUUAUACACAACACAGUGUAAGAUGAAUAAAGAUAUUUUAGUCAAUAAUUUAGAGAAAUAGUCAAAUGCUUAAUUUCUUGAGAUUAUAUGAAUACAUUGAGUUUGGACGCUAACAACAUCAAACUCUAGCAUUUUAGGAUCCUAGGAACUUUAGAUCAUUUUGAGAAAAUUCAAUCAAAUAAAAUCUCACCCCUUUGUGUGGCAGAAGGUUCUUCAGAAACGGCCACAUAAUUGUGUUUGAUUAACAUGUAGCAGCCCUUGAAAUUAAUAAUUGUGUAUUGUGGUAUUUCCAGAGAGCACGAUCGAAAGAGAAAAAAUCUUGAGCUGUGAGUUUAAAUCACUGUUGGUUUGUGAAUGAUAAUAUUGCUAGAUUUGACAUAUUUAGUAUAUAAUUUAGUCACUUUUGGAGGUGACCCAACAAACGUGUAUUAUUUUAGAUAUAAACUAAUGUGUAAUAAUUUAAAAAGUACUUAUCACUUUGUUAAAAAUGUAUUGGUGUUUGUUUUUUAAACAAUUUGAAUGUUAUUUAUAUAUUAUCAUUAAAUAAAAUAUACUAAACUAUCAAAAUCCAGAUCUUUAUCCCAGACUUAUAUUUAGCAAAAAAAUAAAGCAUCAAGAUAGAUACCCUACAAUUAUUUUAUGUAUUUGUUGUAAUAAAUAAAUAUUAUGCACAGUACUAAGACAUUAGACUGAAGGGACUUCCAUUGUGUCUAUAUCCAGCAGAUAUAUAGAUAAUACAUUACAUGAUACAUGUGCACACACUCUCUCUCACACAUACCUAUGAACAUUCUACUCACACCACUACCUCCUACACCUCCAUCAUGCUUCGUUCUGUAACUUUGUUACAUGCAAUGUUAUCUUAGUAAAUAUUAUGCUUAUGAUGACCAAUCUGUAUAGCAAUUUAUUUCCCAUAAUUUCAAGGUUUCCUUUGAGAUUAGUGCAAAUCUCCAGGUCCCAAACACCAACUCUGAUGUCCUUGACUGAUGCUUGAGUCCUAACUUUUGCCAAUAAAAGUUUUGACAUAAAUUGUCUAUGAUUCUCAGCAACAUGUUGCCAUCUGCGUGCCCCCUGUAACUAGGACUUUCAUAGCUUAGCUGCAGACAAAGCUACUGAUUGUUACUUCUAGCCCUGGGGCAUUCUGUAUGCUACCAGGUAUUACAUUUUAAAUGUAAGGUCAGACUUUAGAUUGCUUGAUAAAUUGGAGCACUGUUGCCAUGUUUAUGGUUGAAGUUAUAUGAAAUUAUAUUAAAUUCACAGAUAUAGAAACUGGUAUUGCUUCAAGGGUCAAUGGCUUCCCACCUGAAGCAAGACAAAUAAGAAAUACGUAACUUGACAGAUAAGUCAGAAUAAACCAAAACAGUCACACCAACAUGGAGUUUUGCAACAGGACCAUGGUGGGGCUAGAACUCUGGCUGGGAUUUUUAUCUCAAUAUUCCCCUUAAUCCUUGAGCUUCUGAUAGUCUAUUGCAAUUUUGCCACCAACUCGUGUGAUCACAGAAACACAGAAUCAUGAACAUACAUUCUUGUCUUGAAAACAGGCAAGGACUGCAACUAACAGGAACAUGCAGAAUACUCAACACUUAGGCAUUGUAUUGAGGAGAAGAUGUAGUUUAUAUGCAAACAUAACAAGUUGUGUAACCAGGAUUCAACACAUUGAAUAGACAUUUUUCAUCCUAGUGCAGGUAGAAAGUCAGGAGGCAAAAGCCUCAGUGGUAAUGCCUAUGGCUACAAAACCACUGCAAAGGUGUAUCUAUGCCCUUAACCCCAUUACCAUAUAUAUCAGGCUGGUCGCAUAUAGAGAGAGCUCUGAGUGGAGACCCGCUAAAAAGAGACAUAUUGCAGACAAACUACACCAAAAUCAAUAUGUUGGUACAGCAGAGCAUCAGUGAUACCCCAAGACUCAACCGGGAUGCUCGGAGUAGCAUCCUGAAACCGUUGAUGAAUUGCGGCCUACCAGCAGCUGCAAACAUGGGAGAGGCAGCCGAUCUUCCUGUGAGCAGUAUUGCAGGCCGUUGACACUCUUGGGACCCCCCCCCCCCACACACACACACACCAAGGCAUAAGCACACAGGUUCUACCUCCAAGCAAACCGAGGUACUGAGUAACCCAUCCACCUAUGUGGCCUGCACCCAACUCCAUCGCUGAAACCAAGAUGGCGGUGGAUGAACCUUAAACAGCAGCAUGAGGCCCGUAGCUAGAUGCGUUGUUCAGCAAAUUCUGGUGGAAGUUACAAGACAGAGGGGCACAGGCUAAGAGGGAGCAGAGGAGAGAGAGAAGGCAUCUGAAAAUGCCUCUGGACCCUCUUUCCCUCCUGUUGGACACUGCCCAUGGCUUCCAGCUCGGGGCAGCAGGAAAGGCAGACAUCCCACUCAACAGACACCUGCUCAUGUCCCAAAUGGUCAAGAGCUUGCUACAGCCUUCCUGGGCAGAGGACCCAAAGGGGAAAGACCCUGGUGCUCAGCCCAUGCACCCGGCAGACAAAACUUACUUUUUAAGCAGAGCACACUAUCUCCUAAGUUCCUGCUCGCGGCUUCAAGACUGACAGGAGCAGUGGGAAUCACACAUGGAAUCCUGAGAAGGCCCGGGGGCUGACGGGAUGAGCAACCAUGGAUGCAUGGGACUCUAUGCUACCAAUGGUGGCUCGUUUCCACGCAUCUCUCUCUGCCUGAGAAUGACCGAUGUGUCUCGCUUUAGUCAUAAAGUAUACCAUCAGAGUACGCACUCUAAGCAAGCCCCACUGAAGCAUUAAUCUCCCUUCUCUUCUGCUUCUCACAGCACUGUCAUACACAUGUCUAUCAAGUGAAAUCUAUAUCAUUGUAUUAGUAUCAUGCUUGCUUAUACUUCCACUUAAAUGCCUCCUAGCUAAACAAGUACUAUAAUAUGUUUAAAAAUGUGUAUGUUUUCUCUGUUGCUCCUAAUAUUAUGCAUGACCACAUUGCUGUUGGGGCACCCUGAGCUUGUCUGUAUUGAUGCUAUGCACAACAAAAAUGCAAAAAAGAAAUGUAAUAAAAAUAACUAUGUCUAACUAAAAAAAACAAUAACAACAAAAAACUGGGUUUUGUCACUCAUUCGAACACCUUUAGCAUAUUUUAUUGAAAUCUAUUGUACAUACGCAAAUAGAUGAAAAUAACACAUUUCCAUCUGAUUAUAUCAUAUUAAUUUUUGCUUCUAAAUUGAACUAGAAUGGUCUUAAUACAUUACAUACUACUCAAUACAUGCCUUGCUCAUUGAGAGGUAGUCUUACUCAAGAAAGGGUUACUGAGACUGCAUCAUAUAUUAAAGUUUCCCAUUCCUGUCUGUGCUAUAUAAUCAACAGAAAAACAUGUCCCAUACUCGCUGAAUUCUGAAUACAUUUGCACAAAUCUCCUUUCAAUUUAUAUUACCAGAAUAUAGUUUCACUCUGUCCUAAACACACACAAAAAAAUUUAUUCUUUGAAGAGCCUAUGAGUAAAAAUACAUUUGUACGAAAUCCAUACAGAUUGAUGAAAAGGCUAGGUGUUUGGACAUGUGGAGUAUUUUCUUCUUAGGUUCGUUUUUAUGAAAUUUUUAUGGCAUAAUGACCAUGGUGUACUGUGUUCAUUUUUAUUAUAUGAGUUAAAGAAUAACUGUCAUAAAAUUUUUACUUCUUCAUUUGUAAAAGUUUAUUACAUUUAAUGAAACUUCAUGACUUUUUAAAAAAAAUUAUGUAUAUUGAUGAAUUUCUAUCUUAUUUUGCAAAAACUUUUUCUGGUUGAGCAGCCAUAUUGGGUUAGAUUCUACUCUUAUUUGACCAACUGCUCUGCUCAACCUGACUAAUCUGUUCUGAUCGCUCUGUGUGCUGUGAACCUGAAACAAGAUUAGAGUUGGAUCCAACAUGGCCAAAAUUUUAUUUAAAAAAAAUCAGAAGCGAAAAUUAGAUGACAGUUGCCCUUUUAUAAAAGAUUUUAAUUCUAAAAUAUUUUUAAAUUAUAUAUAUAUUUUGUAAUUAUUAUUCAUAGAAACUUCUAUCAAAAAAUCAAGGACCAUGAUCUUCUGGACAAGAGGAAAACUGUGACUGCGCUGAAAGCUGGAGAAGACAGAGCGAUACUCUUGGGACUUGCAAUGAUGGUCUGUUCCAUUAUGAUGUAUUUUCUUCUGGGAAUCACUUUACUCCGAUCAUACAUGCAGAGGUAAUUUGGCUUCCAACAGCACUCCUAGAAUAUACAUCUUAAUUGGUUUUGAUGGUUUAUUUGCUUUAUCCCUUCACACAUUUUCAAUCUGCUCAGAAACAUAAAUACGUACUGUAAGAUAUCCUCUGUUUAACAGCAGACUGAUAAGGGCAAUAUUAGACACUUUGUAUUCUAAAAGCAUAUCUGUUCUUCAACUUUGUAGUUAAGUACAGAAGUCUAAUGGAAUUACACCAGCUGUCUCUGUGAAAUAAAAACACUCUGUCUCCAACUGUAGGUGAAACUUAUCACAAAAUAAACUACAAAGACAACAUCAGAAACCCCACAGAUGUUGACUUAUCAUUGAGUGCAGCUAUGGAAACCCAGAAUGCCUCUUCGGCAAAAAAAAAUGAAACAAUUAAAUGGCAGUGGUGUGCAUUCUGCAUGCUGUUGAUAAGGUGUGGAUUAGCUGACAACCUAUCUUAAAACUGCAGAAUGUAAUAUAAAAGCAUUACUGAUUGAUGUGGAACUUGGCAAAAACGUAAAAACAAACAAACAAAAAAAAAGGAAUGAUGGAAAAUGAAUUAACAGUGAACUGAUCUACAUAUUUUGUAUGUAGAAAUAUUUCAACAAUAGAAGAGGGUUUAAUUUUCCAAGAUCCUGUAAAAUAAUACUGCUUUAUUACUUGGUCUGAGUAAAAUAAUAUGAAAUGAAAUUAUUUAUGAAGCAAGGAAUAGUGGAAAAUGAACACAUUUGGGGCCAAGAAGGCUAAACUGGAGCGAUUCUCAAACUCAAGACAGCUAUUUUUCCAGCUUGGCUAUUUAUCAAAUCUCUAUCAUACUAGCUAUGAUAUCGAAGUAAAAAGGUCAUUUGAAUGUGGAGUGGUUUAUGGUUUUCUGAUAGAGCUACUGAAAUGCUGCCUUUUCAAUUGUCGCUUGAAAACUCUUGACAUGUGUCACUUUAAAGAUAAUUAUUGUUUCUAAUAAUUAAAAUGUAAUACUCACUUACAGGUGCAAGUAAACAAAUCACCUUCUAUAGAGUUGUUUUUGCUUAGCGCUUUGUAUUCUGCAGUAAUGGUUUGUAAUAAUAUGCACUUUCUAUAUUAAUCCUCUAGGAUAUUGAAAGGACUGACAUGGAAAUUCUACCAUUUCCUGCAAUAAUGUGCAAGCAGAAACCCAUCAUUUGACUAAAUUGUCAUUUUAAUUAUGUGGCUUUUCUUUUUAUCCAGCUCUCUGUGUCACUACUUAUCUUUCUUUUCUCUUCCAUUCUUAUGAUCAUUUUUCUACACUUCUAACCUUGUAUUUCUAAUUCUUCCCAUUAAGACUUUUCACUUGAAUAUUCUAUCCCAUUCGAGACUUGUAUUCAUUCUUCAUACUUUUUAUCUUUUAUUUGAACCAUUGAUCCAUCACACUCCAAAAACAUAUCAAUGCCUCCUCUGAGCAUUUCAGUCCAUUUUGUUUGCUCUUUUCCCUAUUCUUCUGCACACCAGUAAGGCGGCCCAUUCCCCCCCCCAGAAAAUAAACAUGAAAGUGUCUCUCUGUGAAGCUACUGAUGCUAAUAUAAAUGUCACAGGCACCAACGUCCACAUAUUCACUCUCGUCUUUGGUAUCAACAAUGUGAUUAUGCAAUAUUUUUCAAUAUUUAACUUAUUUUUACUUGUAUCAUCAACUUAUUAAUAAAGUUCAGCUCACAUCCUCUAUGGUGGCACACCAUGAUUCACUGAUUGUAGCGUUACUUACCUUAUCCAGGGGCCGGCCGCGGUCCUCAAGCCGCGUGCGAUCCUGCUACUGCACGAGCCGCGCGCGGCUCAUCCGACGGCUUCAAUAGGAAGGCGGGCAGUGACCGCGAGAAGCGGUCACGUGUCCUGCCUGAAUCUAAGAGCGCGCCGCGAGUCUCGGGCGUGCUCUUAAAGAGACAGUGGGAGCCUAAAUUGUCAAAAGGCUCCCAUUGGCCCCUGUCAUGCCACACUCCCCAUACACUUACCUUUUGGGGGUGUGGAUAUGACAGGAGCCAAUCACAUUAGUUUAGAAGCUAUUUAAACUUACCUCUCCUUUACUCCCUGCCCUAUCGUGGUUUCUGUUUCAGUUCCCUUUAGCGCUUGUUGUGUUCAGUUGUGUUUUCUUCGUAUUGACUUUGGCUUUGUUUCUGACUACGUUUUCUCUUUAUCCUUAUCUGUUCUGGUUGCCGGCUUGCUGUUUACUGUGUACCAAACCACGGCUCGUCCUAGUUUACGCUAUCUCUCUGUGCCCUUGACUUCGGAUCGUUCCUGACUCUGUCUCCUCUCAUAUACGUCGAGUCCGGCCAUUCUAAGGUCCGGUAGACGUAUCUCUCCUCUGUGUUGUCUUCUGUUUAGCUGAAUCCUGCGUGUUGGGGUAUAUUCUCGUUACAUUACGAUAGGGCCAUGGACCCCUCAGCAAAUGGCUUCUCAUGAGGCAAGGUUUGCAGAGCAGGAUCACCGUAUGGAUCAGAUAGCACAGGCUUUCCAGACGCUCUUGUCUAGAACCAUUCCUGCAACCGCACCUAACCCUCCUACACCUCUUCUUCCCGAAGUAUCCAAUUCACCUAAUACUUCGCCCCAUUUAACACCCCCUCCUAGGUAUGGAGGGGAAGCUAAGACAUGCAGAGGUUUUAUUAAUCAAAUAGAAUUCCACGUUGAGAUGUAUCCACAUUCCUUUCCCACUGAUAGGUCUAAAGUGGGGUUUUUGAUGCAUCAACUUACUGACAAAGCACUUGAGUGGGCAAAUCCUAUUUGGGAGGCCAAUGGAUCUAUGGUGCAUAAUUUCAAUAGCUUUCUUAUGGCUUUUCGUAGAACUUUUGACACAACAAAAAGGUCAAAGAAUGCCGCAAGAGCAUUAAUAAGAAUUAAACAGGGUUUUAGGUCUGUGGCUGAUUAUGCUAUUCAGUUUCGUACCCUUGCUUCACCGGUAGAUUGGACCAAUAAUGGGUUAACUACUGCGUUCAUGGAAGGUUUAUCUGACACUAUAUUGGAUGAGGUAGCGGCAAGGGAGCUUCCUAUUCCAUUAGAGGACCUUAUUGACUACCUCAUUGAUAUAGAUAAUAGGAUUCGUGACAGGCUCUAUACUAAGAACAAGAAUAGACGUUUGGUCACACCUACUAACCCCAGAGUUGAUAAACCUGAGAGUGUUAAAGUAUCUCUCGGAUACUGAAAAAUUACUUAGAAGAAGGAACGAACUCUGCCUAUACUGUGGUAGGCGAGACCAUAUGGUAAAAGAAUGUCCUUUGCUUCCGGAAAACUCUCGCACCUAAGACCUUAUACGGGACUGGCCUUGGCUCUUAGAAAGAGGGAAGUGCUCAUGCCAUUGUACAGAACACUGGUGAGACCUCACUUGGAGUAUUGUACACAGUACUGGAGACCGUAUCUUCAGAACGAUAUUGAUACCUUAGAGAGGGUUCAGAGAAGGGCUACUAAACUGGUUCAUGGAUUGCGGGAUAAAACUUACCAGGAAAGGUUAAAGGAUCUUAACAUGUAUAGCUUGGAGGAAAGACGAGACAGGGGGGAUAUGAUAGAAACAUUUAAAUAUAUAAAGGGAAUCAACACAGUAAAGGAGGAGACUAUAUUUAAAAGAAGAAAAACUACCACAACAAGAGGACAUAGUCUUAAAUUAGAGGGACAAAGGUUUAAAAAUAAUAUCAGGAAGUAUUACUUUAUUGAGAGGGUAGUGCAUGGAAUAGCCUUCCAGCUGAAGUGGUAGAGGUUAACACAGUAAAGGAGUUUAAGCAUGCGUGGGAUAGGCAUAAGGCUAUCCUAACUAUAAGAUAAUAAAUAAGAACUGGUCUGCCUAGUGCAACACAGAAAGAUGAGGGAGUCCGACUUGUAGUGAAUAGCUCAAAACUGAACUGGGACAGGGAUACACCCAAAACCUGUCUGGAGAUAAAAAAGACCAUAAUACCUUCGAGGUAGUGCGUUCAGGAGCAAAUUCAAUUAUGUAUGGCUUAAUUGAUACAGUUGGAUAUAGUAAUAAAAUUAAUAUCUAAAACACUGGAUAAUAAUUUCACUAGGAUGUAUGGUGUGUAUACCUUUAAAUCUGCUAUAAGCAGAUUCUUUUGGUUACACGCCAAAUGAUCUGCUUAAUAUAAAGCAGUUACUUGAUACAGAAUAACCUAAAAAGAACUGGUUAUCUGUAUGAUAUUAAUAUACACACUGUUAUGUAUAGUGUGUGUUUCACUUUAAGUAAUCUGUAAGCAUACUGAAUGGUGCAAAAACACAAUUAAACUUUCAGUGGAGAAAUGUAAAAAAAUUCAUAAUCUCUGUGCUUGGUAUAAAAAUACAGUCACUUAAAAUAUAAAAAAUAUACAAAAUAUAUAAGAGAAAUUCCAAAAAACCACUUUUAAAAGAUGAGUUGUUUUAAAAAAUAAUGUAAAAGUUUAUUCACAAUACAAAAAUAAAUGAAUAAUUCAAAAUGAAAAAAAUACAAAAAAUAGGAGCCAGGGACGGUCAGCAAGUCAUCAGCCAAUGCAGAUAUUGGACAUAUAACUUUCUACACACUGUAGUUGAUGAGGAUUACAGUGGAUACUUUUGUAACAGAACGGAAUGAUUUUACUUGCCGGCUGCUGGGGAGGUUUGCGUGCGUGCCAGACCUCACUCUGAUACUCCGGUGCUGGCAGUCCGUUAAUCCCCAGGUCAUAAGUGCCGUGUGGGGAAAGAGAAGAAUCCCUUCUGUUGGCGUCUGGCUGCUCUUCGUAACCUGCUCACUAUCACUGCUGGUCUAACGCGUUUCGUGGGUGUCAGUCCCACUUCCUGCAACAUGUCUCUGAGGAAGUGGGGCUGACACCCACGAAACGCGUUAGACCAGCAGUGAUAGUGAGCAGGUUACGAAGAGCAGCCAGACGAAGAGCAGGCAAAACCUGCUACGACUCUUGUAUGAUUAAAGUCACCCCUUUAAAUAUCAUUAAUGUACCUACUACUCCUUCUUUGUCUACUGUUAUACCUCCUCAGUACUUGUUUCUCAAAACUGUAUUCGAUAAAAGGGAAGCUGAUAAAUUACCGCCUCACAGAACCUAUGAUUGUGCUAUCGAUUUAUUGCCUGGCACUAUACCUCCAAAGGGCAGGGUGUACCCUUUAUCUAUUCAAGAAAACUGUAUCAUGGAGGAGUAUGUUAAAGAAUCGCUAGAAAAGGGGUUCAUUAGGAGAUCCUCUUCUCCGGCUGGAGCAGGGUUUUUCUUCGUAUCUAAGAAAGAGGGUGAUUUAAGACCGUGCAUCGAUUAUAGAGGUCUAAACAAAAUCACUAUCAAAAAUGCACACCCUAUACCUUUAAUUACAGAAUUAUUUGACAGGCUGAAACAUGCUACUGUGUUCACCAAAUUGGACCUUAGAGGUGCAUACAAUUUAAUACGCAUAAAGGAAGGUCACGAAUGGAAGACUGCAUUCAACACUAGAUCUGGUCAUUACGAGUAUACUGUUAUGCCAUUUGGUCUUUGCAAUGCCCCAGCAGUAUUUCAGGAAUUUAUUAAUGACGUCCUAAGAGACUUUAUUCACACAUUUGUAAUUGUAUGCUUGGACGACAUACUGAUAUAUUCUACAGAUUUACACACUCAUCACAGACAUGUCACAAUGGUCCUGAAGACCCUUCUUGCUAAUGGUCUUUAUUGUAAACUAGAAAAAUGUUUAUUUGACCAAUCCAAACUCCAGUUCUUAGGGUAUUUGAUUUCCGCCAAAGGGUUUCGUAUGGAUCCCCAGAAGCUUUCUGCUGUCAUAGAGUGGCCCCUACCACAGGGUUUGAAAGCAAUUCAGCGUUUUCUUGGUUUUUCUAACUAUUAUAGACGCUUUAUUAAGGGUUUUUCUUCUAUUGUAGCCCCUAUCACCGAUAUGACAAAAAAGGGUGGUAAUACUCGUGUCUGGUCUCCCGAGGAACUUCAGGCUUUCGACUUUCUUAAAACUACAUUCGCCUCUGCACCUAUUUUACAGCACCCUAUCCCCUCACUGCCUUAUAUUCUUGAAGUUGAUGCUUCUGAUAUCGGGGUAGGUGCUGUUUUGUCCUAAACAGAAUCGCCUGAAAAGCCAUUGCAUCCUUGUGGCUUCUUUUCUAGACAAAUGUCCAAAGCUGAAAGGAAUUAUGAUGUGGGUAAUCGUGAACUCCUUGCUAUUAUCUUAGCUCUUAAAGAAUGGAGACACUUGUUAGAAGGAACUAAGGAUCCUAUCCUCAUUUUUACGGAUCACAAGAAUCUAACCUACCUUGGUGAAGCUAAAAGAUUAUCUUCUAGGCAGGCUAGGUGGUCACUAUUUUUGGCCCGUUUCAAUUAUAUUAUCACCUAUAGGCCAGGUGAUCGCAACAUUAAAGCAGACGCUCUGUCCAGACAGUUCGAAACUACUGACAAACAGGAGAUUGAUGUUACUCCUGUCAUUCCCCCAGACAGGAUAAUAGCUACAACUAUGUUGUCUAUUUCUUCAUCCCUCUUGCAGACCAUACAGGCGAAACAAAGUAUGGCACCUAGCGAGAGGCCUAUUGAUAAAUUGUUUGUUGAUGUUCCCGAGAGACGGGAGAUUCUGUCAUUAUAUCAUGAUACUAAGACUGCUGGACAUCCUGGUAUUACCAAAACGAUGUUUCUCGAUAUUUUUGGUGGGGUUCCUUACGCAAGGAUGUCACUGACUAUGUAAGUGCUUGUACUACUUGUGCAUGUAUGAAAAUGUCUCGUAGAGUUCCUUGUGGGCUUCUGCAUCCCUUACCCGUUCCCGAGAGACCUUGGUCUAACCUAUCCAUGGAUUUUAUUGUUGAAUUACCCCCUUCAAAUGGUAACACAGUCAUCCUGAUGACAGUAGAUCGGUUUUCCAAGAUGGCUCACUUUGUGUCUCUUCGCAAGUUGCCCACAUCCAAGGAACUGGCUCUUAUCUUCGCUAGAGAAGUAUUUUGGUUACAUGGUAUUCCCGUAUCUAUUGUGUCCGAUAGGGGUAGCCAAUUUAUUUCCAGGUUCUGGAAAGCCUUUUGUUCAGAAAUGGGUAUUUCUCUCUCAUUUUCUUCCGCUUACCAUCCCCAGUCUAAUGGAGCUGCUGAACGUGCCAACCAGUCUCUGGAGCAGUACCUUUGUUGUUUUGUGUCUCACCAUCAGGACAAUUGGUCUGACCUGCUUCCUUGGGCUGAGUUUGCUCGGAAUAACGCCACUCAUGAUUCUUCCGGCAAAAGCCCUUUUUACGUUGUCUAUGGCCAGCAUCCCGUUGUUCUUCCGGCUGCAUUCUCCUCACAGGGCAUGCCAGUUCUGGAUGAGCAUUUGGCUGGUUUGCGUAAGACUUGGGAGCAGGUUCAGCGUUCUUUGGUGGAGAGCGGCUCCUUCUUAUGUUGUGGGGGACAGGGUUUUGCUUUCCACGCGGAAUAUUCGCCUGCGGGUGCCUUCUAUGAAAUUGGCUCCCCGCUUCAUAGGUCCUUAUCAUAUUCUGCAUAAGGUUAAUCCUGUUUCAUAUGCCUUGGGUCUUCCUAGGAAUUUGCGUAUUCCUAAUGUCUUUCACACCUCGUUAUUGAAGCCUUACGUACGCAACCGCUAUACCCGGCAUUCUCCGCCUCCCCCUCCUGUCUCCGUGGAGGGUCAUGAGGAAUUCGAAGUUUCUGCUGUUCUUGACUCUCGUUACCUUAGGGGUCGACUUCAGUACUUGGUGCAUUGGAAGGGUUAUGGGCCUGAGGAGCACAGCUGGAUUUCAGCUGAUGCUGUUCACGCUCCCCGCCUUGUGCGUUCUUACCAUUCUCGUUUUCCUGCCAGGCCUGGCCCUACCCACCCGGAGGGCGUGUCCUCGGGGGGGGUGCUGUAGCGUUACUUACCUUAUCUAGGGGCCGGCCGCGGUCCUCUCUUCGAGCCGCGCGCGGUCCUGCUACUGCACGAGCCGCGUGCGGCUCAUCUGACGGCUUCAAUAGGAAGGCGGGCAGUGACCGCGAGAAGCGGUCACGUGUCCCGCCUGAAUCUAAGAGCGCGCCGCGAGUCUCUAAAAUUGUCAAAAGGCUCCCAUUGGCCCCUGUCAUACCACACUCCCCAUACACUUACCUUUUGGGGGUGUGGAUAUGACAGGAGCCAAUUACAUUAGUUUAGAAGCUAUUUAAACUUACCUCUCCCUUUACUCCCUGCCCUAUCGUGGUUUCUGUUUCAGUUCCCUUUAGCGCUUGUUGUGUUCAGUUGUGUUUUCUUCGUAUUGACUUUGGCUUUGUUUCUGACUAUGUUUUCUCUUUAUCCUUAUCUGUUCUGGUUGCCGGCUUGCUGUUUACUGUGUACCAGACCCCGGCUAGUCCUAGUUUACGCUAUCUCUCUGUGCCCUUGACUUCGGAUCAUUCCUGACUCUGUCUCCUCUCAUAUACGUCAUGUCCGGCCAUUCUAAGGUCCGGUAGACGUAUCUCUCCUCUGUGUUGUCUUCUGUUUAGCUGAAUCCUGCGUGUUGGGGUAUAUUCUCGUUACACUGAUGCACUCAUACGCGAUAAAUCUAGAAUGAUAUCAGCAAACAAAGACCUCCUCUCACUGACACAUGCAUAUCCGAUCCUAACAGUUGACAUCAACACACCUAAAUACACAUGAAAAUGAACUAAAAAUAGUACAUAUAUCAUUAUAAUUAUAUCAUAUCAUUGCAUACUGAUUAAUAAUGGAAAAUACAUAAUAAAUGUGACACAGUGUUACGUAACUUAAAUGAUCGUCCAAAACUUUGUACUGCAUAUAAAGUUACAUAUAAAUACUUUUGAUAUUUAAAAAAAAAAGUAAAAAAUUGAUGACAGUGUUUAUGCCUAAAUUGACAGAUAACAACUCAUAUUUAUAUGUUUCAGAAAUAUUUAAUAAAACAAAUGUCUUUAUUAUCAUCCAUUGCUUUGGAGUUUCAUGACCUUGGUAUUGAAAUAGUGAAAUGGUUCACCCCCACCCCCCCCUUCUUGUUAGCAAAUUUCUAUCCUGCCAACCCUCUAAAUGGAAAAAAGACUUGAAUAAUAGCAGUUAUCACCCAGUCCACCAUGUAAAUUGGAGUAAUUACUAACCCUAGACAGCAAGCAGCCACACUUUUUGAUUAAUUUCUUUAAGCAACUUUAAUGCCUUAUACAGUUCUUUUAGUAACAACACAAUAUUCAUUUAUUUUUGAAGAUCCUUUAUUUAGAUCACGUUCUUUAGAUCAUCUCUUUCAACCUAUUAAUGAUUCCUUUAACUAAUAAUUUUUAUCCAUACAUUCAGAUGACAACUACAAUGACUAUAUUACAUUUUACAAUGGUUAUACUAAAUCCCAGUCUGCUAUUAUAUGCACACAGUUUCCAGGGCUUUGAAAAUAAGAUGUAGUCAUCUACACACCACCUUGUGUGUUAAUUGUAAAAACAGAAACAAACUCGAGUACACAACCUCUGCCUGAUUGUCUAUAAAAUGUAUUCACUUUUAAUUGGAUGUCGGCUAUUCUGCGCUGCAGCGAAUCAAAAGGAUACAUGUCUAAGUAUGUACAAAAGUCCCUUCUUUGAAUAUUAAGUAGCCAAAAAUCAUCUGCAGGCUAGAUGUUUUUUGCUUCAGGGUAAAUUAUACUGUGAUGUUUAUUGUUUCUGAAUCAAUAUGUAUUUGAAAAAUGUGACUUGCAUAGAGAAUGAGAAUUGGUCACUCCAUUCACCACCAUUCAGCAUUUGAGUUAUACCACUAGCCAUGGGCAGAAAUGAAACCUGCAUCUGUUGUGAAGAUCCUCUCGAUAAUCUGUAUUGGAAAAUAAUGAUAUUGCAGGAACACAGUAGUGUACUUCAGAUGAGAGGUGUAUUUAUCCUACAGAAUUGGCAUUUCUCAAACACAAAUAAGUCUAUAGAGCAUUGGUAAAAUCACUUUGCAUGAUAUGAUGUCAAGUGAGAGUUUAUGGAGGACAGCAAUAAGGCUAAUAACUUUUCUAAGGUAUAAAAUGGCAGACUGAUGUGUGUAGUACAGGCAAGCUUGUGUACAUGUUUAUAAACAAUGUGCGUGACUGAUUAGUGGUUCUGGAGUUUUAUGUAUACAUUUCCAUAUAAGAUUUGCCAAUGUCUAUAGAGGAUGUGUAGGUUUGUGUGCAUGUGUUUGUAUAGUGUAUAUACACAUCACAAUACAAUCACUUCGUGCGGGAAGACAGGAACCCCCAAUGGUGUUGUAUAUAGACGGGAUACAGUCCUUCUGGAAGCACAGGAGUGGUGUGACCACAUGAAAUUAAAUGCAAAUAAACAAAACAUAAAAAAAGAAACUCUAAUACACUAAAAGGCCCUACACAUUUCGUUCAUUAUCUCUUAGUGGCUAUAUAGACAUGUGUGAAAGUGUCAGUAUCAGGUAUAGAAAUGUGUGUGCAUAUGUGCAUGUAAACACAGAGUAUAGGUGUGUGUGUGUGUGCUUUUCCAUAGCACAUGCUUGAGUGUAUGUGCCAGUGGGAUGCUUGUGCAAAAAUAAGGCAUUCAUGCAUUAGUGUUUGUGUUUGUAUGAGAUGUAGAAGAGUGUGUGACCCUGUCUAUAAAGAAUUUGCAGUCUUGUCUAAAUACAGAGGUUUGUAAGUUGGAGUGUAUGUGUUUAUAUGGUAAGCACAUGAUUGUGUCUAGGCUCUAGGCUUUAGUGUGCAGGCUUCUGAGCGGUUCUUAGUACAUGCUGCAUAGCUUAAAUUAUAUUUUUAUUAUUAUUAUUAUUAUUAUUAUAUUUAUAUAUCGCCAACAAAUUCUGCAGUGCUUUGCAAUGGGUGGACUAACAAACAUGUAAUUGUAACCAGACAAGUUUAACGCAAAGGAACAGAGGGGUGGAGGGCUCUGUCCAAUGAGUUUGUUCACAAUGGGUUGAGCAAUCUUGAGUGUCAUGAUCAGUGCUGGCAAUGUUACAGUUUUGCUAUUCCCACCAUGUCCUGUAAUAGUUUUGCAAAACAAAUUGCAUGAAAAAGACUAAAAUCUCUGCUGUUUUGUACUUAUUAAUAUCAAUGCACUGUCAUACAAUUCUAAUGCUAUAAUGAUACAAAAUUGCAGUAUUGUAUGCUUUCCCUCCCACAAUACUAUUUCUGUCACAAUAAAAUGGAUCUAAUUCAGUUUCUGCUUCUAUUUCCUUUCUAUAGUGUAUGGACUGAAGAGACUCAAUGCACAUUAAUAAACGCAUCUAUAACGGAAACAUUUAACUGCUCGUUUAGCUGUGGUCCAGAUUGCUGGAAAAUCUCCCAGUACCCUUGUCUACAAGUAUAUGUCAACUUGACUUCUUCAGGACAGAAAGUUCUACUUUACCACACAGAGGAAACGCUUAAAGUGAACUCUGAGGUAAGAAAGAAAGUAUGUAUUUAUUUAUUUAUUCUAUUUAAACAGCUGGUCUAUCAUGUUCUUAUCAUUAUUGGUGUUAUUUGAUGUUUGUUUCAGGUUAUAAACAUGUUCUGUUUGGUAAUAAUCCACCACUAUUUUAUUAUAUUAUUUUGAUUUGUUUUGUUUUUGUUCCUCUUUUUUUCCUGGGUAUUUUUUGCAGAAAUUGUGAAGAAGUCAUCCCUUUUCAAAACAGCAUGUUUUCAUGAUAUUAUUACUACUGUUAAACUAUAGUUAUGGUGUAAGCAUCCUUGAGUGUAAUAUGCAGACUCCAAGAGCUCUAACGUUUAUUGUAUAUUAUCUACAACCACUAGGAGACUAGUUACUUUAGAAUGUUUCCCCUUUUACUGUUUAAAACAUUUCAUAAAUCUCACACUUUGUUCUUCAUUUUAAAGAAAAGCUCUAAACCCCUAAAACACUUAUUCCUACUGAAGUGCAUCGGUGUUAACAGAGUAGCCCCACUUUUGUAAUUUAUGAAAGUGCUUACUACAAGAGAAAUCCAAAGCAAAUUCUUUGUUGGUACAUGCACUUUAGCACUCAUCUGUUGCUCUGUGAUAUAGAGAACCACCUUCAUGAUAACUGGAUACAAAUGGAAAUAGCACUUCAAGGAGGAAAUUCAGGGUACUUUAUUGAAGUUGAGGAUGUAUGAAUACAGUACCCUAAAUUUCACAGUUCAAGUGCAAUGUCCAUUUGAUUUCAAGAGAAAUUGUCAUUUGUUUCAAGGUUUUAACUUAAACUGUAAAAAAUAUAUAUAGGGUCAUAAAAAUUAUUAAAAACUAAGAAUGAAAAGGGCUGCUUCACACUGAAACUAAGAGACUUUAAAAGAUCAAAGGUUACGAAAUAUAAAAUUUCAAUAGUGAAAUCAGUACAAUCCGUACAAAAUGUACAUUUUAAUAGAGUAAAUACAUAAAGAAAACCCAAGCUGCUUCAAUAAAAAAUAAUUAUAUUUUAAAAACAUGAAAUGCAACACUGAUACAAUUAGAAACACUGAAGAAAGUUAUGCCGUAUAAACAACUACCACCCAAAGUUACUAAGUAAAAAAACAACAACAAAAAAACACUGUUAGAGAGGCAAAAAAAAUGUGCACAACAUAUAGUGACAAGGUGUGUUAUCCUAACUGCAGGUCAGAAAAAACUGACCGAGAGUGAAAAAAAGGAUAAAAAAGAGGUGAUAUAUCAACAACACUAUGCACUAUAAAAUACUUGAAAACAUCCUACAAUAAACAACGUGUAAAACAUGAAAUAACCACAACAAUAAUGGUAUAUAAAACCUUGUUAGAAUAUGUAAAUAAAUAGGAUAAUAAGUACUUAUCAAUGGAGGGGCCCCUCCACGAAUCCUGGACACAUAUGAUCCUGGUUAGAAGGGACAUAUGUUCUCAGUUCACAUGUGUGGUGAAAUGUGCCGAUUAUUGGACAUCCACUGAGAUCUGUCUGGGUGCCGCAUUGGGGGAGCACAACUAGCUUGCAGCGCGUGGAAAGCCGUGUCCGGUAACUUCAAAAAAGCCAGCAGCUGAGUUAAAGGAGCAGCGUAAAGGGAUAAACGUGGACCAGUACAUCAAAAAGCAACAAGGGUUAGGCGCUCACUUAAAUAACAAAAUAGAGGGCAGCAGUAAACAAGCAGGACUUCCCAAUCCCUGCUUGUGGUGACCAAAAGUAGAAAAAGACAGAAUGGUAAACUGCGCUAGAAGAUACUUAAAGUGAGUAGAACAAAGUAAUGGUAUAUACAUACAUUAACGGCAGUCCAAUAUUGUAACGGUGUAUUUAACCGUCAAAGAGAUAAAAACAGGGAAAAAUAAAAUUUCAAUAUGUCAUAUAUAUAAUUUAACACGUGGGUGUAAAAAAAAAAUGAAUAAAAGACUAACUCGCACUCAUCUGUUGCUCUGUAAUAUAGAGACCCACCUUCAUGAUAAUUGGAUACAAAUGGACAUAGCACUUCAAGGAGGAAAUUCAGGGUACUUUAUUGAAGUUGAGGAUGUAUGAAUACAGUACCCUAAAUUUCACAGUUCAAGUGCAAUGUCCAUUUGAUUUCAAGAGAAAUUGUCAUUUGUUUCAAGGUUUUAACUUAAACUGUAAAAAAUAUAUAGGGUCAUAAAAAUUAUUAAAAACUAAGAAUGAAAAGGGCUGCUUCACACUGAAACUAAGAGACUUUAAAAGAUCAAAGGUUACGAAAUAUAAAAUUUAAAUAGUGAAAUCAGUACAAUCCGUACAAAAUGUACAUUUUAAUAGAGUAAAUACAUAAAGAAAACCCAAGCUGCUUCAAUAAAAAAUAAUUAUAUUUUAAAAACAUGAAAUGCAACACUGAUACAAUUAGAAACACUGGAGAAAGUUAUGCCGUAUAAACAACUACCACCCAAAGUUACUAAGUAAAAAAACAACAACAAAAAAACACUGUUGGAGAGGCAAAAAAAAUGUGCACAACAUAUAGUGACAAGGUGUGUUAUCCUAACUGCAGGUCAGAAAAAACUGACCGAGAGUGAAAAAAAGGAUAAAAAAGAGGGGGUAUAUCAACAACACUAUGCACUAUAAAAUACUUGAAAACAUCCUACAAUAAACAACGUGUAAAACAUGAAAUAACCACAACAAUAAUGGUAUAUAAAACCUUGUUAGAAUAUGUAAAUAAAUAGGAUAAUAAGUACUUAUCAAUGGAGGGGCCCCUCCACGAAUCCUGGACACAUAUGAUCCUGGUUAGAAGGGACAUAUGUUCUCAGUUCACAUGUGUGGUGAAAUGUGCCGAUUAUUGGACAUCCACUGAGAUCUGUCUGGGUGCCACGUUGGGGGAGCACAACUAGCUUGCAGCGCGUGGAAAGCCGUGUCCGGUAACUUAAAAAAAGCCAGCAGCUGAGUUAAAGGAGCAGCGUAAAGGGAUAAACGUGGACCAGUACAUCAAAAAGCAACAAGGGUUAGGCGCUCACUUAAAUAACAAAAUAGAGGGCAGCAGUAAACAAGCAGGACUUCCCAAUCCCUGCUUGUGGUGACCAAAAGUAGAAAAAGACAGAAUGGUAAACUGCGCUAGAAGAUACUUAAAGUGAAUAGAAAAAAGUAAUGGUAUAUACAUACAUUAACGGCAGUCCAAUAUUGUAAUGGUGUAUUUAACCGUCAAAGAGAUAAAAACAGGGAAAAAUAAUAUUGCAAUAUGUCAUAUAUAUAAUUUAACACGUGGGUGUAAAAAAAAAAAUGAAUAAAAGACUAACUCACACUUUGCAGAGCUACUGAGAGCUCUGCUGUAUAACCCCUGGAUGGUAUAAUCCUCGUUUUAAGAUGUAUGGAUAAUGGCUGUCAUUGGUGUCCAAUUCUCAGCAGCCGGUUAUAUAGGAUAAAACAGAAUAAAAUCCAAUGGUACAUUAUAUAGUGUAUAAUAUACAGUAAAGUAAAAGCAGGUAUCCUACUUACGAUUUUCAGAGCAAUAACUUGCUCUGGUGAUGAAAGCUUGUGGUGGUAUAAUCCUCACCAAAGUAUAUGUAGGAUGAGCAGGAAUCCAGUAGCACCAGGAAAAAGUAAAAAAAAAAAAAAAGGAUGUCAAAAAUAGCAAUAACUUUUAUUAAUACAGAAUAUAAAAUCUAUAUGUUAAAGGAGCUUAUGUUACGCAUUUCAGAAGUCAAUGCUAUAUAUAAGUGCAAAUGUGCAUAAUAUACGUGCAAAUGUAGAUAUAACACCAAAAUCAUAAAUAACCAGUUUGUUCAUAAACACAAUUGGUCCAAUUCUUCAUUAAGCCCAUGGGGGCUUAAGGUAUCUAAUUUAUAUAUCCAUUUAGACUCAGUGCCUAUGAGGGCUCUUUUACGUUUAGCAGCAUCAACCAUGUUUUUUUUAUUAAUCCAAUACCCAUAACUGAAAGCCCAAGAGGAUUACUAUUAUGUACAGAUGAAAAAUGUCGUGCCACCAAAGAUUUUUUAUCUUUAUGUAAAAUGGCAUAUCUGUGUUCCCUAAAUCUGACUUUCAAAGACCUUGUAGUUUGGCCAGCGUAUUGCAGGCCAAAGUUGCAGGUGAGAAGGUAGACAACAAAAGAGGAGUUACAUGUAAUCCUAUCAUUAAUGGGAAAUUAUUUUCCUGUCAUUACAGACCCAAAAUGAGUAGUUGUAUGGCACAUAAAGGUGCAUGAGAAAUCUAAAGCUCCCACAUCUAAAAUUCCCUGCUAGAUGUUCCUUCUUUGACCCGAUAGUACCCUCAAGACUGUACUUGAAAGGAGACAAAAUAUUUUUCAGAUUUUUACUCUUUCUAAAUCUGACCCUCAGUUUGUCAGGAAUACUAAAUUUAAGCCAAGGGUCUAGCUUUAAAAUAGGCCAGUGUUUGUAUAGAAUUCCUAUGAUCUUGUCAAACGCACAGUUGAACACAGUAGCGAAGAUCGGACCCUUGUUGUGGGAGUACUAAUAUUGUAUCUAUGUUGAGGAAUCUUAGUACUUGACCUAGCUUCCUCAAACAUAUGUAUGAUCUCAAUGAGUGUAGAUGACUCCUGUCUAGGGUCAUGAACUAUCAGCUAACCCUCCACUGGACCAGGUAGGGAUGAUGGGAUUAGUCGGUAUCUCUCCAAAUUCCUGGCUUUAAUAUAAGCUGAAAUAAUAGAUUUGGGGGGAUAUCCAAAAAAAUUAGGCUUAAGGUAUGGUCCUGUUCUUCGAAGUCAUGAAGAGAAGAAUAGUUCCUACGUAGUCUCUUAAACUGGCCCAGAGGGACAUUGGAGAUCCAAGUAGGAUGAUGGUCACUAGUAGCAUGUAGAAACCUGUUUAUAUCUACCUUUUUCUGAAAGGUUUUACUACAAAUCUGCUAUGUUUCUCAACAUAGAAGUAGGUCCAAAAACUCAGUCUUAAAUUUAUGUUUGUGGUAAGUAAAGGUCAAUCCCCAAUCAUUGGAGUUGAGAUAGGAUAUAACUCCUCAAUUUCCAACCAAUCACCUUUCCAAAUGAUAAGGAUAUCAUCAAUAAAACAUUGAUAAAAUGCAAGAUGCUUCAUCCACCGUGGGUUAUUCAAAAUAAAUAUUCUUCCCAAAAACCCAUAAAAAGAUUAGCGUAUGAUGGAGCAAAGCUAGCUCCAAUAGCUGUCCCCCACACUUAUAUAAUAUAUAAAAUAUCUAUAUAUUUUUUUUUUAACCUGAACUAUCCCAGCUGUCAAUCAGACAGUUUGGAUGGUGCUCAUCCUGAUCUCUUUGUGCCCCAACAGAAAGCAGAAGGCAGUGCUUUUCACUGAUAAGCAUUACAAUUGGCCAUAAGGAUCAUUAAUACUUUUUGUCACUGGAUUACAUGGAAAUAGCUUGUUAUUUAGCAGGGAAAAACUGGCAAUCUAUACUGGCUCUUAUACCUUUAGAGCUGAAUGGGAAAAUAAUAUACUAAUUGUAGAGCAGGGCACAGCAAUACUUACAAAGCUAAAUGGGCAUCCCUUUAUAUGUUUUAAGAUCCCAGUGGAUGCCGUGGCUGUGAUUUGUUUAUGUAAAUAGCUGUUUCCAUUUUUAGUGCUUCUUCCAACACAGCUACAAUCACACAAUUUAAAUGUCAUCACAACAAGAGAGAUUGCUAAGUAAUUAUGGAAUUCACCCACCCAUGCAAGUAACCAUUCCUACAAAGGUCAAAAUAAACAAACACUACGAAUUUGUCUAAAAAGGGUAUAGAAUGUUACCCCUUGGAUUAAUUUAUCCAAUCAAGAUUUGCUUCACUGACCCAGGGAUUCUAAAAAUAGAAUAUGUGAAAUAUUCACACAGAACUGCUUCUUGCUUACUAGACUUCUUCAUCUUUUGUCUGAUAUUUCCAUCUCUGAAUAAGCCAAUAAUCACAAAAGAAAAUUCCUUGUUGAAGUGCACAUGCUUUGGUUGAGUGCACUAUCAGUUCUUUAAAGCAGAGCUAGGUUCUGGUCCUUUUCACUACAGACAAAUAAGGGUGCUAAUUCAUAGGAAACAUGACAGGUAGUCUAUCUUGUCUUCCAGACAGGUAGCACCCCAUAAUUCAAUGCCACACUUGAAAAUUAGGAAAAGCUUUUAAUGUAUAAUAAAUAAAUUGAUAUUAUGCACAAGAAGUUGAUUUUUUUUUUGUAGCAAAGUAUGAUAUGGUCAUAAGGUUUAAGUGUAAAUUACUGUCAGUGUGUACAAUUUUUAUAGGCCAAGAAACAGAUGUGAGAUCAUUUAUUCUAAUAGAUAAUAUCAGUGGGAUAAGAUUACAAACAGCAAGAGAGCUAUUAUUUCAGCUGAAAAGCAGAUAACUUCCUAAUGUUUUACAUUUUAUUGUGUUUCCUGAGGUUUUAUUGCUUUAUUUUCUUAAAAGAUUACUCCAAGUGACGACCAUUUUCACUAUGAAACACUGCGCAUACAGAUUUUAACGUUCUCUGCUGCCAGAGGUGUAACUCCACCUCCAACAGCACCAGCCUAAGGCACACCUGUGCAAUAAUAAUGCUGUCUAAUCAGCAUCUUGAUAUGCCACACCUGUGAGGUGGAUGGAUUAUCUCGGCAAAAUACAAGUGCUCACUAACACAGAUUUAUAAAGAAUUGUGAACAAUAUUUGAGAGAAAAAUGCCUUUUGUGUACAUAGAAAAAGUCUUAGAUCUUUGAGUUCAACUCAUGAAAAAUGAGGGCAAAAACAAAAGUGUUGCGUUUAUAAUUUUGUUCAGUGUAUAUGUCUUGAGUCUGUAAAGCAAUGAUGGAAAGCAUAAAACAUUUUUGCAGAGCUCAAUAAUAUACUCAUAUGUAUUGCACAUUACUGCGGAGUUCUAUAAAACACUCAUAUGCACUGCACAUUACUGCAGGAUUCUAUAAAACACUCAUACACACUAUAUAUUACACCACUCUACUAACAUGUCCAAUCAAUAAUCCAUUUCUAUCUCCUUUGUCUUCAUUUAUACUCUGUCAUGUAUCUUAUCUCAUCCAAAUUCCCACAUUCUUUGCGGAAUAUUUCUUUCUCCACAAUAUUUACAUCCCAACAAGAACCUGCCAAUUAACUCUUCCUUCCCAAGUUUACAUCCCCACAGUACUUCCUUGCUCAAUAACAUUCCCCCUCUGAUACCAUUAUUAUUAACCCCUUACUUCCUCAAACCAGAUGGCACUACAUACAAGUUGGAGCCGUCUGAAAAUAUUUUUAAAAUACCGAGUAGAUUUCCUUUUUAUAAUUCUCAAUUUUGGAUGGCAUAAUAGAAAACAGAACAAUGCAUUUCCAAUCAGCAAAAAAAAGUCUAUCGCACAAAUGAUGUCAAUUUUAGUCACAAAUGAUAAAAAAAAAAAUAAAGACAGUAAAUAGGAAACAAGUAGAGAAGAAGAAAUAAACAAUAACAAAAUAUCUACCUUUACUGCACUGCAUUAAUAUUAAGAAAUCGCUCUAGAGUUUCAUUUUCCAUACGUGAUCAUCAUUUGAUAAAAAGAAUAAUAAUAAUAUAGCCUUAGAUGUGAUAACCCUGUGGUGCCAGAAGGCUGUGGGCGUUUAUGAGUUUACUAGCUUUUAAUUUUUUUUAAUCAUGUACAGCUGGGGAUACUACAUUUACUACAAAUCAAAUAUACUAAACAGUGCAAAGAAAUAGCUAAUAACAAAAUGUUAUUCUAAAAUUACAUUCCAUAAUACACUUUUAAUUUGUUUUGGAAGAAAAGGCAAGUAGAAUAAAGAUCCUGAGUUUUCCUGACAGUGUCUGUGUGCAUUAUUGGUGCAGUAUAGCAAGUACGACACUGUUUCAGCUCAUUGUAAAAACUGUACAUUAUCACAAAAGUAAAUGUAAUAUAAGCAGGUUCAUUCAUAUUAAAAUAAGAAAUGUCUCUUUAAAACACAUGCAAAAAGUGUACUAAAACAGCUCAUUUAGAGAAAAUGGAACAUGAUUUCAUUUUAAAAAACGGCUGAUUUUCACUGUGAUUGUGACAUAUUUCUACAUGGGGUACUAUAGUUCACAAUCCAGUGUAACUUAGAGAUUCCAAUUAUUAUUAUUAUUAUUAUUAUUAUUAUUAUUAUUAUUUUAUUAUUUAUAUAGCGCCAACAAAUUCCGUAGCGCUAUACAAUGGGUGGACUAACAGACACAUAAUUGAGAUCAGACCACUGACGUACAGGAACAGUUAUCAGAACUGCUUUUCCACACUGACCUUUACAUUAUAGUCACCUGAACAACUUUAGCUUAAUGAAGCAGCUUUGGUGUAUAGAACAUGCCCCUGCAGCCUCACUGCUCAAUCCUCUGCCAUUUAGGAGUUAAAUCCCUUUGUUUAUGAACCCUAGUCACACCUCCCUGCAUGUGACUUGCACAGCCUUCCAUAAACACUUUCUGUAAAGAGAGCCUAUUUAGGCUUUCUUUAUUGCAAGUUCUGUUUAAUUAAGAUUUUCUUAUGCCCUGCUAUGUUAAUAGCUUGCUAGACCCUGCAAGAGCCUCCUGUAUGUGAUUAAAGUUCAAUUUAGAGAUUGAGAUACAAUUAUUUAAGGUAAAUUACAUCUGUUUGAAAGUGCAACCAGUUUUAUUUUCAUCCAGGCUCUGUCAAUCAUAGCCAGGGGAGGUGUGGCUAGGGCUGCAUAAACAUAAACAAAGUGAUUUAACUCCUAAAUGACAGUGAAUUGCGCAGUGAAAUUGCAGGGGAAUGAUCUAUACACUAAAACUGCUUUAUUUAGCUAAAGUAAUUUAGGUGACUAUAGUGUUCCUUUAAGAAAAUAUUUCCAAAUUGUUUAAUAGAUGUGAUGGUCUAGACUUCUAAAUAGAAUGAACAAAAUCUCCUAGUCCAAAUAUUCAAUUUUUAUGUUUAUCGAACUGCAUUAGGAACAUAUUGUUUAAAUAACAGUUUCAUUAUUAUCUUGCUGGGAACAUGUAUUUCAUUUGAUUUGUUUAUUCUUCUUAAUAGAAUAAUGGCUGAAACACAUGAUAAUGUGUUAGGUAUUCAUUCCUUACACAUAAAAUCAUAUUUUUCAAUGGGGUUGUUAAUAGGUGUUCGAUUGUUCUCUCUACCCUGUUAAUCUAAUGUAAGACAAAGUUAAUAUGUACCUUGUCGUAAGAUUUUCUCUUACUCUAUUCCACAAUUCUGUUAUUCAUUUUAAGACUUUAGCAGACAAUAGAGUAUUAAGAAAUAACUCCAGUAAUGAAGAAAAUUAUAUAAAGCAAACAUGAUAAUAAUUACAGAGACCAAAAAUAGAUGAUAAAAUUAUAAAUAACAAUUUAAUUGCCUAGCCAUGUAAUUCUUAAAUGUUUUUCAAAAGUCUUUAUAUUCAUUAGAACUUUUUGUUCUUCCCAGGGGCCUAAUAUUUUUCCUAAGAAUUGUUUUAUUUUUUGUUUUUUACUGAAAUGCCCAUUGUAUUCAAUUGUUUCUGCUAAUGUUAAAUUUUGAUUACUGUUUUAUUUGCAAGAACAAAUGUUCUUGUACUUUUUGUACUUCCAUCUCCAGUGUUUGCGUUUAGUAUUAAGGAAAGUGAAAUCACCCUCGGCGUUAAACUGAAACUAUUAUUUCAAGCUCUGUGUGCGUUCAAAGUAUAUCUGCACUACAAAAAUGAGAUGCUAGAAAUUGUCUUUAUUCACUGUGCUAGUAAAAUUAGAAGCAAUUUUUUAAAUAUGAUAACCACACUGGAUGAGUACAUUCUGGGCUGCUUAAUGCGUUCACUUAAAAAGAGAAGAAUUGACUCUUGUUUAUCUUUUAAGAGCAAAGUUUUUAACACAUUGCAGUUUGUUUAUUUAUUUAUUUCACAUAUUCUUUAUUUUUGAAGUUCAGUAGUAUAUAUACAGAUUAGCAAAUGACGUGGCAUAGAACAAAAUGAGAGAAAACAUGCUUGGGCAUAAAAUGUCGAGAUAGGCUGCACAUUUUUUUUAGUACAUUUUUUGUUGUUGUUGUUAAAACAAGGAAUGUAGAUAGGCUAUUUAUACGUGUCAAAAUAGUAGACAUAGUAAAAGCUUCUAGGCAAAGAGUAUGUCUAGACACAGUGAACAACAUAACAUCCAAGAGGCCCCUUGGUAGACUUCAAGAAUCAGGCGUCAUAGUUAUAACAUUUCAAAUUAAUGCUAAUUCGCUGAAUUAGUAAAACAAUAUCAUAUUUAGUGAGUACAUCACUGAAAAUAACCUAGUUUCAUGCAGGGCAUCAGAAGUCGUUUAAAACCGGCCAAAAUAAGUCAUCCAAUGUCUCUCUGGGGCAUGGUCCAGUCUCACUUAGGCAAGGCAGUUAUCAGGCUUAAGGCCCUUUUGGUAGUCCCAGUGGGAUCCGACAGGGUGCCUUAUGUGGUAUCAAUGGUCUGGUUCCGACGACAGAUAAGGCUAUUUUAAUGAUUGUCACAGGUUUUGAAAGUCCAUAAACUUGCCGAAAAUUCGGUUGUGUUGCGGAGCCCAUGUCAGUCGUGUCUAACGGCCAUGAAGCUCAGGCUCCACCCCCCACAAUGUAGUUUGUUGGGACAGUUAUGCAUGGAACUGCAAACGCAGUUUUUAAUAUCACAUAGUAAUUCCAACUUUCCUUAUGUUAGUCUAUCAGCUUUGAAGAUGUGUCCUAUACUUGGCAAUGUCUGCCUGUGAGUGUUAUAACAUGAUAAUAAUAUAUUCAUAAUCUCUGUCUUCUCCUUUUACUUUGUUACCACAAUGUACAUAUUUUGUAAGUUAAAAUACAACUAAAAAGACGUGCACAAAUCCAUUUAAUAUCUGUAGUCGUUUCCUAUUCUAUCAUCUCAGAUUAAAAAAUAAAAUAUCAAUUGAUGUUGUAGGAUACCUAAAAAUAUAAAAUUAUUACAUAAUUAUAUAAAUUCCCUGUCUACUUAAUCUUGCUUCUGAAAACGUUGCUGAUCAGUAGGAAUUAACAUGCCUGUAGACAACCUCAUCCAGACAGCCUUUAGAGCUGCUUCUGCUUUAACAGCUGAAUUAAACUAUGCUGUUUGAGUCAGAUUAUGUCAUAGAGACCAUUUGAUUGGGGCAGUAUAUCAUUUUGCUGCACAUGUGCACUAGCUCCCCAAGGGUUGCCUAUGGAUUAACAUUAGACUGGUUGAGAUCAUCUACACUGGUUAUCUUAGCCAAAGAGAUGGGAUUGGUUAAAAAUAACAUUGUGGGUGGAGUUUCUGGCCAUACAUAAAGGGUCCAUUUUAGAUUAAGGGGACAUUUUAAUUAAGUUGCACUUACCUGUUGUUGUGACAGGCUUUUGUGUAGUGUUUUCCUUUUGUCUCCUUUGCAGGUUUUUCUCAGCUCAGGAUGGAGGGUUGGCUAGGAGGAUUCAGGGUAGCUGUACAGGAGAGAGGCAUUGAGUGGAUGCAGGCCCAUUUAGGUGAUCCUUUGCUAUGAGGAUCUGCCACGUCCCCAGCGCGGAGGCGUUGAGUGGCUGCAGGCUUGUUUAGGUGAUGCUUUGCCAUAAGGAUCUGCCCCAGCAUGGUGCUGGGUUUGAGGUGACCACGGAGCCCAUCUGGAGAUUCAGGCAGUGUCAGUGAGGAUGUCGACAGCAAAACUGAUAGGUGUCCGCGUGCAGGAAUUAGGCUCUGUCUGAACGGUCGGGUGGCGAGCAGGAGGAUUUUCUUUUAACUGCACAUUUGAGCCACGAGCCACAAACAUGGAGGUAUGGAAACUACCGAACUUUCGGGACAUGAACUUACAAGUACAAAAACUACCGAACUUUCGGUUCGCGAAUGCGGCCUUUGGCAUACGGCUGAGCAUUCAGGAGGUGAAUUUCUUGUUUUGGAUGCAGCUGGGCAUUUGGGAGAAGGGCUACUAUGUUUGGGCCAGAGACCUAUUUGCACAGUGAACAGCAGGAAUGAUGCAGGAUGAACGGCAGACUUUGCAGCAGGAUCUGGUAAUGCUGGAAGUGCUGGUUGGAGUGGAAGAGCGGAGACAUCAGCUGUUCUUCAGCUGGGUGAGUCGGCUCCCAAUGCCGUUGCCCCCACUUUUGCUAGCUCAAGGGUUUCACCUGAAGUGGGCUGCGGUGCAGGUUUGGUUGGCAGCAGGAGGAUGGCAGACGGUGGGCAUAUGGCUAGACAGAUGGCAGCUGGGUCCACUCUUUCCACUGACGGAUGAUGCUCCAUAGUUUCCCCUGACAGGUUACAGUGUCUCACCUCCCAGGAUAACAUUAGGGUGACAAGGGGUAAGUCGUGAGGCAAGCAAAAGGGAGCAUGCAUAUAGGAAUGACGCAGAGGGACAGCUCGGGAGCUUUCCUCAUGGGUGGGUAGUCCCACGCUGCACUCAGGAGAUGUCAAAUUGGGCAGGUCCUGUGCCUAUUUUGAAAAAUGUAGCAUCUUUUUGGAGUGGGUGGUCAGGGUUGAGGUGAAGACGAAAUUUGCGGACCACUAUCUGGAUGAUUUCCUGUGCGUCGGGCCUUCCCAUUCAGAGGCUUGCCGAAUAGGAUUGAGAACGUUGGAAUGGGUGGCGCAUGUUUUUGGUGUACCUUUGGCGGGGGACGAGAUGGUUGGUCCCACGAUGUGUCUGAGUUUUUUGGACUUGGAGAUUCCAUCAGGGGAGACUGUCGUUUGCCAGUAGACAAAUUGAAUGCUCUUUGGGGGGCGGUGUCGGAGGUCAGGGAUGCCAGAAAAGUUACGUUACAAACUUUGCAGUCAUUUAUUGGCUGUUUGAACUUCGCAUGUCAGGUGACUAUUAUCAGUAGGGUAUAUAACAGGUUUUUGGCUAAAGGCCACUGGGGCAUCCAUGAAAGCUGAUUUGGAUGUCUGGGUGUUUUUUCUCUGCGAGUUUAAUGGGCAGGUCUUUUUUUGAGAUUCAGCAGUUUUGGAGUUAUUUACGGAUGCGUCCGGAAGUGUGGGUUUUGGGGCUUACUUUUCGGUGUAAUAAUGUGCGGGAGCAUGGCAGGAGGAAGGGAAGGCACUUAUCUCCAAUUUAGCUUUUCUAGAGCUAUUUCCCCUAGUGGUAGCAUAAGCUAUGUGGGGUCAUCAGUUGUGGGAUAAGAAGGAGAUUUUUUUACGGAUAAUAUGUCGGUAGUGGCCGCAGUAAAUGGGCUUUCUGCUUUCUCUAUUCCUGUGGUUCAGGCUUCUUCGUCACUUUGUCUUGUACUGAAUGAAAUUUAAUAUUGUCUUUUGGGUACGUCAUGUGCUGGGGUUUUUAAAUGUUAUCGCUGAUUCACUGUCUCGUUUGCAGUGGGCGAGGUUUCAUCCGGUGACUCCAGGCACGCAAGUAAAAGGUUUGUCCUGUCCGGAAGAAGUAUGGCAGCUUGGGACCUCCUGCUUGGCCGACUUAAAAGGGAGUCUUUGGUGCCUUCUACUUGGACAGCAUACAGUAAGGUGUGGCAGUAAUGGAAUGAAACGUUGAACUACACAGUGGGGUCAGCUUUCGGCGGAUGCACUGUUGGACACGUUAUUUUGGUUUUUAUGCCGUUAGCUUCGGGUGCAUCUACUGCGGUGGUUGGUCGUAAAUUGUCAGCUUUAGCCUUUUUAUUUAAGCUUAAUGGGUGGAGGAUGUUGCAAAGCAUUUUAUUGCUUGUCAAGCUCUCAAAGUCUUUAGGAAGGGGAAGGUGUCGGUCGAUUCUAGGAGGCCAGUGUUGACCGACAUUCUUCAACGGGUGGUUCAGGUGCUACCUGAAGUGUGCUUUUCCCAGUAUGAAGUCUUAUUGUUCUCUCUGGUUUUAAGUUGGUCCUUUUUUGGGGCGUUUCGGGUUAGUGAGUUGGUCAGUGCCAAUUGAUUUGGGUGUGGGGGUCUAUAGUUUUUAGAUGUCGAAUUGUGGCAUAACAGGGUGGUUACUCAUUUUCGUUGUUCCAAGAUGGAUGUUUUGGGAAAAGGCUGUUUGGUGGCGUUAUUUUCAUUGCCCGGAAUUGGGGUGUGUCCAUUUUUUUGUGCGAAGGCUUUUCUAAGGGUUCGUGCAGAGACAGAGAGUUCCUUAUUCCUGCAUGCAGAUGGUUCCGCCCUAAGUAUCAGUUCCUCAGGGUCUUCAGGUUGGCCUUGGCACGUUUAGGCUUGAAACCAGUUCAAUUUGGGACUCAUUCAUUUAGGAUUGUUGCUGCGACAGAUUGCUCGAUUGGGUAUUGGGGAUGAGUUGGUUAAGAGAAUUGGUAAGUGGGAAUCCAAUGUUAGGCUCGAUAAACUGGAUUAGAUCAGGUUGGGGUUGUGAUCGUGGUGUUACCUCUUCCUAUGGGGUUUUUCUGUCUUAUGUCUCUUUCUUUUCUAGAUUGGACUGCCUGGUUGGUUGGACAUUCCCACAUUUACUGGGCACAUCAGAGAGCUGCAGUUCGCCAUCACGGUUUACAGCUGGGUUUUCUUCGCUCCCUGAUUUGACUCCGGUGGUUUGGUUAUCGGGGUUGGGAUUGCUUGGAAAUUUUUGGUAAGAUUAGUUUGGGGCAGGUGUCAGAUAUGGUAGUGCUUCACGCGGGGGGGAAAUGAUCUGGGGCUGAUGCCCCAAAGGGAUUUGAUUCUAGGUAUGAAGAGGGACGUGGACAUAUUGAGAGAAUUAGUGCCCGGGGUUUUGGUAAUUUGUUUGGAAAUGGUUCCUCGUUGUCACUGGCGCCACGAGCAGAAUUCUUCUGCGGUGGCUAAGAUUAGAAGUAAAGUGAACAAGGUAAUGGCUGCGUAUGUCAGGCGGUUUGAGGGGUGUUGAUUAGGCAUAAGGAUUUGGAAGCCAUGCUUACAGGAUAUUACAGGCAUGAUGUGGGUUCAUCUCUCCAAAGUUGGCUUAGAGUUUUUACUGUUGGGUUUUCAGGAGGCCAGCAGCAAGCACUCUUUUUUGCUGGGGGACGGUCAGGUUGCUUGAGGAGUCAAGCUCUGAGCUGUUGCGGGGGAUGGAGAGAAAAGUUGGGGGGGUAGGUCGGAUUGAUAUGGGGUAAAAGGUUUAGUUCAGGGAAAAUAGGUAGGCAUUUAGACUGGUUUGGUAGGUUCAGGCUUGUUGGUAGCUCAGAACUUGGGUUGUGUACAAUUGUGGAACUGUGAAAAUGGAUGCCAUUGGUGGCAAUUGUUAUGUGUUUAACGUUAAUUAUAUGGUGUUAUAAUGUUGUUGUGAUUUAUGGUUAAUGUAAGAGUGGGUCAUUGUCGGGGCGUUUAAUUGUAUAAAGGCUUUACAUGUCAAUGUUGGCAUGGUGUUGACAAUGACCUUAAUUUUUACUUGUUAAAACUAAUUAUCAAUAAAAGCUGUGCUAAUUUUUUACCCAAAAAUAUGGUGUCCAUGUUUUUAUGGGGAUUGGUGCUGGGUUUAAGCAUAUGCCGCAUAGCAGACUAUGCACAUGUCAUGACUUUUAUAGGAAUACUAAGCAAACCCACACCCACCCACACAAUACGAAAUAUAAAUAUACUAACUACAAAGUUAAGGAAAAACAAACACAUUUUUGUACUCUUGGUAGUUAUUUUAAUUUUAACUAUCCACAAACAAAUGUGAAGCUAUUAAAAGCCAGAUUAUGUUAUAAUAAUAAACUUUACACUAAAGCACUGAAAAUUAUCUUUAAGCUGAAAAUCUGAAAAUAUUCUAAACACAGAAAAAAGGCUCAGAGACAACAAGGUUAGUUUUUUUUGUAAAAUAAUUUCACUUUUUUGAAUUUGAUAAAUGACUACAUUUGACCUGGCCAUGCCACUAAAUUAUGCUACACCACUUGGGAUCUGGUUUUCUUCUUUGAUCUUGAAUAUAUAUCCCCGAUGCUGCAAUGUUACCUACUAUAUAAUCUAUAUAUAUCCCUGCUGCUGCAAUGUUACCAAAACAAUAUAAUGCAAUUAACAUAAAAUAAAACAAAAAAAUGCAGAGCAUGUAAUAGAGCAGGGGUCCACAAACUCCGCCCCCCAGAUGCUUCUGAACUACAACUCCCAUGAUUCUUUGAAUUACAUAGAUUGCCAGAGAAUCAUGGGAGUUGUAGUUCAGCAACAUCUGGGGGGCCGUAGUUUGAGGACCCCUGCAAUAGAGUAUAUAAUCAAUAUAUACUGCAGUAAUGCAAGUUGAAUUCAAACAAAAGAUAUCAAAACAAUAUAACAUGUCAUAAAUUUAAGGAUCGAGUAUUGUGUUUUUUUUUACUCAAUGUUUCACUAAUAUGUAUUGGAACCCUAAAGAGACACUACACUUCUAAAAUACUAAAAUAAAUAAAUAAAAAGCACUGUUUAGUAGAUAUAUCUUCAAUGAAAACAUUUUCAUUGAGGGUGUAUUGAAAAACAGUUUUCAGAACCCUUGACUUGUAUGAAGCUUGUCUGAAGUCUUUGCAAGCCAUCCCCUUCAAACCCCACCCAGACUUUUGGUGACAGUCCAAUUGCAGACUUCCAAGUACAGCUCAAUGAAACGUAUUUGCAAGGCAUGUGCUCUGGGCAAUUUCUUGCCUCUUGAGUUUAGUUUCACUGAGCUAAACAACCCAGGAAGUAAAAGAAUGAUUGACUGAUUGACAUAUUGGUGGGUGGGGGGAGGGGUGUAACAAGGUUAAUCUAUAAAAGUGCCAAUUUCCACUGAAAUCUGCACUUUUUGUAAAAUGAAAAAAGAGGGCAUACUCUUCACAUUUGAAGCUGCUUUAAGAGUCCAAAGUAUGUAUUAAAUAUAUAUAGUGAUUGGUUCCUAUAUUUGUUGGCCUUCAUCUCUAUGCAUAUAAAAUUUCUCCUAAUGUAGAAUGGACAUGCUCUCAUUCGAUUUCUUAUUAGUUUAUGUUAGUCACAGUAUAUUGUCUUGAGUAAAUGGUAUACUAGUGAUGCAAUAGCUAUGUUACAGAAUAAACUCUUUUUUCAAACUUUGAAGAUUUAAAUGCAUACAUCUUGGUUGUAGUAUGCUCCAUUUUGAAGGUGUUCAAAGCUUGGCUAUGCCUUUUUUGUCUGUCUUGCAAAUCCUCACAUAUUAUACAGAUGUGAUAUAAAUUCUAUAAUUGCAGACUGCCUAGCCAGCUGCAAUGUCAAUUGGCUGAGCUGCCAAGUCAACAGUUUGGGUCCAUAAUAUAUUUGUUCUAACAAACACUCCAAGCACCAUAGACACUACAACUUACUGUAGUGGUUAUGGUUCCAGGAGUGCCCUACUUGCCCCCCAGAAUCACUAGCUAAACUGAAUGCAAAUGGUUUGGCUUCUUACCUAGAGUCCACUGGUUGCCAGACAUUUUCACUAUGGAGAGCUGGUAGCUCCUGCUUGGAACUCUCCUGAGCUAAAUCCUGCCAUGCAGGGAUAACUUAUUGGCUGAGAACAGCCAAUACGUUAAGUCCUUCAUACUAGGUUUAGCUCAAUACAGAGAGCUUCUGGCUCUCAUAGAGGAGGUGACUGGCAUGCACCACAAUAGGUUGUCAUUAUUAAACUGUUUGACUACUUACACUGAGGCACCAGGGCUUGGAGUAUUCCUUAAAAAGAAAGUGCAUUAUAAUUAAUUGACUGUGAGCUAUGUUGCUGGGUUAUAUAUCAUGAAUGUAACCAAAUAUUUUCUAACCCCUGCCCCAGUCUUAACAAUGCAUCUGGAAGAAUGAUCUUUUCAUAUAUAAAUAUCUACUUACUUUGAAGACUCCCAUGCUUAGUCAAAUCCCCGGUGCUGGUGUUUCAAUCCCUGAGAUUGAUCAAAUAGAAGAAGUAAAGUAUGUACACCAGACUCGGGUAGAUGCAUAAACAAAUAAGGGAAGCAUUCCUUACUGUGCCAGUUUAAUAAGAAUAGUGCAGCAUAACAUAAAUUCAUCAGAAGAUAAUGCACAGAUAAGAAAAUGUCUAUGACUUAAAAUAGAAAGGGGGGCACACUACAUCCCUCCAUGUAAGCAAUGCAUCCACUUAGGCUCUCCUCUGCUCCAAACUUGGCUUAAGACAUUUUCCAUUACUGGUAUAUCAUCAUAGCUGCCUAGUGCUACCAAUAGGACUCUGACACGUAAUGCCCUACUGAGCCUUGGCAGGACUGCACAAAGACGAUGUAGGAAAAAUCUAGGACAUUUCAUGCAGCAAAUGGAUUUGGAGAACAAGAUUGUGAUGAUGGGAUAACAUGUUAUCGUUUAUGGGGAUGCUUAGGGGAGAAAUUGUCCUUUUGCACUUUGUGGCAUAAUUGACACUAUUGUUUGCCAAUAUCUGAGUGUAUGAAAAUGUUCCCAUCUUAAAAACGACAUUAAAAUAUGAUUAGAAUGAACAAACAUUAUUCUUCGCAGUGUGUUAAAGCUGUUUUCAUGUGUCAUUAAGUAAUUAAUUAAUAAUACCAUGCUGUAAUGCUAUUAAUUAUGUCAUGCAGAGCAAAAUGGAGGUUAGUGCUAUGGAUUCUGCAAAAGCAAACAUAAUCAUUUACUUUCCUGCUUAUAACAUUCCUAUAAAAAUCUUGAAAGCUAUUCUAAUUUUAAAAUUCAGAAACUGAAGUUGAAAUAUAAGCCUACAAGUCCAGUGAUGCAGAUGUAAAAUAAUAAUCGUAGUAUCUUGUAAUACCUUUUUUAAUUGAUUUAGAACAUUUUGUAACAGGGUUGCUGUGAUGUUUUGUACAAAUCAGCCACUAAUUCCUGUAUAACAAAGAACUCACUUUAUUUAUAUAUAUAUAUAACAGGAUAUUGUAGAUCUUUCUGUGGUAGUUAAUUGUGGAUCCAUUUUCAAUGGAAGUCUAGAGAAUGCAUCUGCAUUAGAAUGCAGAGCGUUUGGACGAUAUUGUAUCUGAUACUGAUAAGCCCCCAGAGUUAAGGCAUACCUUUGAAGUCUUGCUGCUGUCGUGAUUUAAAUACUUUUCUGUGGGUUAAAAAUUGUCAAUAAAGGUUUAUGGUCCGUAAGCAGUGUGAAGGGUCGACCAUAUAUAUAAAGAUGUAAUUUCUUUACUGCCCAUCCUGUUGCCAGAGCCUCUUUAUCUAUUUUAGAAUAGUUUUUUUCUGCAGCUGUAAGCGAUCUAGAGGCAAUAGCCACUGGCCUGUCUGUCCCAUCAGCCAUGGAAUGAGACAGGACUGCUCCCAGUCCGUAAGGUGAUGCAUCACAAGCAAUGGAAACAGGCUUUUCCAAGUCGUAGUGUACUAAAAGACGUGAACUACGAACUAGUUCUUUUGACUUAUGGAAAGCUGAAGCACAUUCUACUGUCCAGCGCCAUUAUCGUUUACUCUCUAGAAGACGAUGUGAAGGGUACAGAAAAUGAGCUAAAUUUGGCAAAAAACGGCUGUAAUAAUUUAACAGACCAAGAUAGGACCUUAGUUGUGUCAGAUUUCGUGGAGUUGGAGCAGUCCAUGUUUGUCAAUUACAUGAGUACAAAAUUCAAGACACUCCUGCAUGAAUUGGCAUUUAUCCAAAUUUACCUUCAAUCCAUAUUCCAUAAGUCUUUGCAAAACUGCCUCUACAUUCUGUUUAUGUUCCUCCUCUGAUUUACCCGUCACCAGCAUGUCAUCUAACAGGCACUGUGUCCCAGGAAUUCAAACUAACAGCUUGUCCAUUGUUCGCUGCCAGACAGCUGGUACAGGUGAAAUGCCAAAAACCAUAUGGUUAUACCUGAAUAGCCCCCGAUUGGUAUUAAUCGUAAGUAGUGGUCGAGAAUCUGGAUGUACAUAUAACUAUAGGUAUGCAUUUUUCAAGUCAAUUUUGGUGAAUUUCUGGCCACCUGCAAAUGAUGCAAAAAGAUCAUCUACACUAGGAAGGGGAUACUUAUCUAUUUUAAGCUGUGUGUUAAGAGCCAUGCGGAAAUCCCCACAAAUCCGUAUCUCCCCAUUUCGUUUUCCCACAGGAACAAUGGGCGAAGCCCACUCACUACUGUGAACCCGGGAGAUGAUAUUCAGCUCCUCUAAUCUCCUCAAUUCUGCCGCCACUCCAGCUCUUAGAGCAAAAGGCACACUUCUUGCUUUAAAAAAUUUCGGUGUUGCUCCUUCCUUUAAUUCUAAGGAAACUUGUUGUACUUUUACAGUCCACAAUUGGCCAUCAAACACUGGUGCAUACUUUUCCUGUAAUUCCCUAAUCCAGUCAAGUCUGGUCUGAUUUUCAUUCAACACAUGACAUGGAUACUUAUGCACUUGAGGCAUCCCGAGAGCCCUUAUCCACUCCCUACCAAAAAGUGGAGGUCCUCCAUUCUCUAAGAUAUAGAGAGGUAGUUUCUUCUUACACUUGUUGAAUGUAACUGUGACUGUCACACAGCCUACUGGUAUUAACAGCUCUUUAGAAUAUGUCUGCAGUCUCGCUGUUGUCCGAAUUAUUGGCCUAUGUAUUUUAAGGCGUUUCCAGUCUGUCAAAGAAAUCACUGAUACAGCUGCACCUGUGUCCAAAUCCAUAGUCAGUUCCUUUCCAUUUACAACAACUUGAACUGUGAAUGCAGCCAGAUUAGAACCUAUUUUAUAUAUUUUUUAAUUUCGGACAGGAAAUUGUUCACCCGAAUCCUCAGAAAACUCCUGCGUUUGUACUCUAUAGGCAUUCUUUGCUCUGUCUCUCAAGUGAUUACUGCCUCUCUCUGCUGUGGAUUUACACACUCUUUGUAGGUGGCCCAUUUUACCACAAGCAUGACACUUGGCAUCCUUGAAUCUGUAUGUAGUUGCAACAUGUGUAGCAGCUCCGCAGCGAUAACAUUUGUAAUGUGAAUGUUCCCUGUGGUUCACUUGGUGCUUUAGCGUCUAAUUUUAAAACUUCUAGCUCUGCCUCCUGUGUGUUGUCCAGUCUGCUGCUGUGUAAUAGAUUAGCAUCCUUAGAGGCUUGUUCUAUAAUGCCUGCCACGUUCAUUACCUUUUUAAAUGUUAAAUCUUCUUCUGUAAGCAGUCUCCUUAGCACUGCAUCACUUGCAAUGCCCAUUACAAACUGGUCUCGCAGAGCAGUGGGCAGGCAGUCCCCAAAAGAUGUGCUGGCGAGUUUCCGUAACGCAAUGGCAUAUGCUGAAACUGAUUCACCAGGCUCUUGUCUUCUUUUAUAGAAUUUAAAUCUCUCUGCUAUCUCUAGUGGUUUUGGUUGGAAAUGGCUAGUUAACAGAGUAAUCAGGCUUGCCAAUGGCUUGCUUGCAGGUUUCUCUGGGUGUAAGAGGCUCCUUAGCGUAUCAUACGUUCUGGCUCCUAUAACUGUUAGGAAAACAGCGACCUGUUUAUUGUCAGGAAUGUCAUUAGCUGCGAAAUAUUGUUCAAAUAUUGAGUCAGGAUCAAAGUCCUUUAUAGUGCCAAUGGCUGCCAUGUCAGUUUGGGUUCUACAGCCUCGUUGCCACUGUGAUGUUUGUACAAAUCAGUCAAUAAUUCCUGUAUAAAUUUGAAUCAAGUUUAAAAUGUGGGUAACAUAUUUGUCUUGAAAUACUUUCAACUUGUUAAAGAGAGGAUCUCCCAAAAGUUUACCUUUCCAAAAUUCUGCUUGUCCGAUACAUAAGGCAUUACAUAAGUCUAAGAUAAUCCAUUACUUUACAUCUAAAAUUCAGUAAGAAAACUAAAGCUACUGGGCUUCAUGGCAGAAUAUAAUAACAUUUUAUUAAACAUGCUCAUUCAGAAAUAGUUACAGAUGCAAAAGAACAUCAAAUAAACUAAACCCUGGUUCUUAAAUCUAUAAAUCCCAUAUUCUUCAUACAUUGAAUUCUCAGAAGUUUUAAUAUUAAUAUUAUGACCAUCUAACUCAUAUGCAGUAUAAGACUUUAGGAUUUUCUGAACUUGAUUCAAGGAAUUUUAUUAUUACAUUAGCUUUGUGUUUAUUUCCUUCUUUCUAUCUUUCUUUCCUUCUCUUCCUCUUCAUUUCUAUUCUUUUCUCUUCUUUUUUCUCCCUUUCUUUCUUUUCUUUCUUUCCAUUCAGCAAUAAAAUAUUUUAAUAUAAUAAAACAACAUUAAGCUCUGUACUCUCCUUAAGUGUACAUGAGAGGCAGACAUCUGCCACCUGUCUCACAAGUCAACGCAUACCAAACUCAAUCAGCUGUAAUUACAGAUUCAACACAGAGUGUCCACAGAAUGGCAAUUAAUUCUUCUGCAGUUCCUUGUUAUUAAACUUUGUUGAUCCUUUGUCAUAUCCCUUCCAUGUAAACGUGUUUUCUUUCACUUUAUCUCUACUGUUGCUCCAGAAUAUCAGACUUAUUAAAUAUGUAUAUACCCCUGCAUUUCCAGGUUGCAGAUUUCUAUACCAGGUAUGCACGUUUGUGUACAUUUCUACAGGUUUGCAUUGCCCCUGUUAUUGUAAAUCCUAGAAUUAAGAAAAUAUAUAUAAAACGUAGUAUGCAUUUGUAUGUUUUCACUGUGCUUUUACCAUACCUCUUUGAUAAAUAUUAGACCUGUGCAUUCAGUUUCAAACAAGCUUAAAUUUGUCUGAAUUUAGGCUGAUCUGCUAGUCGUCCAAAUUCCAGGACUCCGAAGUGCCAAAUGUACGUAUAGCCAGACAAAUGACCCGUGCAAUAGACAGGCAUGUUUAAUUAAUUUGUGAUUUGGACUUCUGUUCAUGGCACCAAAAAAUAGAGAAGACUUAUGGGGAAAAAGAUGAUUGAUGGGUAGGGGACAGCCACUGGUCAAGUGAGAAUUGCCCAAUAGAAGUAAAAAAAAAAAAAAGGAGAAAUAGUUUUAUAUAUAUAUAUAUAUAUAUAUAUAUAUAUAUAUAUAUAUAUAUAUACGUAUAACUAUAAUAUAUACUAUUGAAUACAUGUAUAACUUGUAAAUAUAUAAAAAUAGAUUUAUUUUUUACUGCUCUUCUUUUACCCAUUAUUGUGUACUUUUUCUCAUUUGGCCCUCAAUUUAAUUAUUUUUAGUAAGCAUUUCAAAUAAUAAUUAUUAGGCAUGUGCAUGGGGAAUAUUUGCGGUUCGGUUCAGCAUUCCGAAAUUCUGGACUUUUGCAAUUUGGGACUUUGGCAAUUCCUAUUGCCCCCCCGGCCCCCACCCCUGAGCGGCGGGUGGGGGCCCUAAAGUAAAAUGAUGGGGGGGGACCUAUUGUCCUGCCCCCUGGCCCCCACCCCUGAGUGGUGGGUGGGGGACCUAAAUAAUAAUAAGGGGGGACCUAAUGUCCUUCCCCCUGGCCCCCACCCCUGAGCAUUGGGUGGGGGCCCCUAAAUUGGAAUAAAGGAGGGGGACCUAAUGUCCUCCCCCCUGGCCCUCACCCAUGAGCAGCGGGUGGGGGCCCUAAAUACUAAUAAGGGGGGGACCUAAUGUCCUCCCCCCUGGCCUCCACCCCUGAGCGGUGGGUGGGGGCCCUAAAUAAAAAUGUUACCCCCAAACAAAAAUUAACCCCUACCUACCCCCCUCACCCUAAAAAUAAUGAGGGGGGACCUUUAACUAAGUACUUGUAAAAAAAAUAAAACUUAACAUUCGAUGUUUUCUUUCUUCUAAAAUCUUCUUUUUUCAACCCCAAAAAAGGCCAAAUAAAAAAUCCAUAAUAACCGACGCACUUUAAAAAAAAAAAAAAAACGAGCGCAAAAGAAAUAAUCCAUCUUCACCCAUGGAGGGCUCCCCACAGACUGCAAUUAGGUUCAGAGCACUCUGAUUGGUGGGUUUAAGCCAUCCAAUCAGAGUGCUCUGACAGGUAAAUGAAGAGACUGGCAAGUCUCUACAUUUACCUGUUACAGCACUCUGAUUGGUUGGUUUGAAAUCCACCAAUCAGAGUGCUCUGUGUCAUUUUACACAGCGUGGGAAAGUUCUUUGGAAUUUUCCCAUGCUGUGUAAUUUGAUUCAACUCUCUGAUUGGUGGAUUAAGUAACCAAUAUCAGAAUAUCAAUUAAACUGUCCAUAGCUUUCCUUCCCUGUACCUUUGUAACCCACCUUGCUUCUUCUCCUGCAACUGUCAUCCAAAAGAAUUAACCCUUCAUUGUAAACCAUUUUAGUAACCUGCUUUUUCCCCUACAUGAAUACAUCCUACUGUUACCUUAUGUGCCACUUUACCCCACUCAAUCUAGAUUGCAAGCCCAUUUGAGCAGGGCCCCCAACAUUCUCUGUUCCUGUGCAUCAACUCAUUUUGUUGCAACUACAUGUCUGUUAGUCCACCUAUUGUACAGCUCUGUGGAAUUUGUAGGCGCUUUAUAAAUAAUAACAAUAAUAAUAAUGGACAAUAAUACCUAGUUAAUUACAUCAUCAUAAAAAAAUUUACAUUGAUGAAAAAUGAAAGAAAGUCAGAUAAGUUAAAAGGAAAAUUGAUAGACAGUGAUGGGCAAUGGCUAAUGGAAAGCGAUAGAAUGUUAUAUACAGGUCAGUAUUCAGUGAUAAAUGAACCUAAGCUCUUUUGUUGACUUUGCAGUUGAAGUUUACUGUCAUCAUUCAACAGUUACUGCAUAAAUCACUGGACAGUAAAGAGCAGAGGUGUCAAAACAGGUACUAAAUAAAUAAAUGAGUCUUCUUUUCUUGUUAUGGGUUUUAAGUGAAAUUAAUUUUACUUGACACUUUUUCUAAAGUAUAAAUAGCUGUAAGAAACCAAGACAUGUCCCCUCUGCUGAUGCCUAUAUUAUCGUUUUGAGAUAGAUAUGUCGUGUCUCUUUUUUUGUUGUUGCUAAAAUGAAAAUCUAAAAUAUUACUUUCAGAAGUUAUUAGGUAGUAAAGUUGUUAGCUUUUCUUAAAUGCAAAAAACAAAUCUAUUCAAAGUAAUCCACUAAAUUCUGAGCAUAUGUUGUUGGCAAACAUAAAGGAAGUCUGGAGGGCACCAUGUCAACUUCUUGUUGUUGAAGUUAUAAUGCCACAAUUCUUUGCCCUUUGUUAAAGGUUCCUCUUCUCCUCCAUUGUAUUGUAAUAGGGUUUAAAAGUGCAGCUACUAGCCAUGCCGCCAACUGCACUGAAUCAGGGAAAGUACCAUAAUUCAUUACAUGUUGAUGAUGCUUAGCACCUGCAAGUCUUAAAGGAACAUUCCAUACACGUAAAGCAGUUACGUUUUUUUUACACUCCUCUGGCUUUGAAUCAGACAAUUGGUCCUGUUACUUCCCGGUUUGGUUAGCUCAGUGGAGCUAAACUCAUGAAGCAGCAAUUAACCAGAGAACUUGCCUUGCCAAGACUUCUCAUUGAGCUAUAUAGGGAAGUCUGUGGUUGGACAGCCAUAGAAAGUCUGAGCGGGAUUAGAUUGGGAGGUCUUGCAAAGGCAGCACACAAGAGAACUGCAGGUUUUGUAAGUCAUUUUAAAUACAUCCCAAUUAUAUAAUUAAAUGCUUGUAUGUUUUCAUUACGGGUAUAUCUACUAAACAGCAUUUAAAAAAAAAAUGUUUACUUUUUUUUAAAAUUUAGUUAGUGGAGUAUCCGUUUAACAAUUUAAUGGAUAUUGCUGCUGUUGCACCAUGUGUAACAUUUUAUUUGUAAACUGAUUAAAAAGCCGCAAGCUGUCAGAGUCUUCUCUGUGCCUUUUUACCCCUCCGAUAGAGUCCCUCCUGAUGCUCUCCACAGCUGGCUGUGGGAUCAAGUAGGUGUACUUUGAUCGUUCUGGGGUCAGAGCGUCAUUUCCUCAGAUCCGCCCUUACUUUGCCCACAGUUCGUAUUUAUGUCCUUAGUGUGGGCUUAUAUCACCCAAGAUAGUUUCAAAGGGAAGAUGUUCAUAGGUUGAGGUGUAAUACCUCAUGAAUAUGCAUGAAUUGAUUUCUUAGUUCAUAAUGAACCUUCACUUAAAAGGGGUAUGUUCCUUAAAUGGCUAAAAACUCUCCACUGAUACAUAAAAAUAAUCACAAUAAAAUAGCCUACUAAAAGACCACUCUAGGCACCCAGACCACUUCAGUUUAAUGAAGUGGUCUGGGUGCCAGGUCCAGCUAGGCUUAACCCAUUCUUUUAUAAACAUAGCAGUUUCAGACAAACUGCUAUGUUUAUGAAUGGGUUAAGCCUUCCCCCAAAUCCUCUAGUGGCUGUCUCAUUGACAGCCACUAGAGGCGCUUGCGUGAUUCUCACUGUGAAAAUCACAGUGAGAGCACGCAAGCGUCCAUAGGAAAGCAUUGAUAAUGCUUUCCUAUGCGACCGGCUGAAUGCAAGCGCAGCUCUUGCCGCACGUGUGCAUUCAGCCGACGGGGAGGAACGGAGGAGGAUCAGAGGAGGAGAGCUCCCCGCCCAGCGCUGGAAAAACCAGUUUCAGAGAAACUGCUAUGUUUAUGAAUGGGUUAUGCCUUCCCCCAAAUCCUCUAGUGGCUGUCUCAUUGACAGCCGCUAGAGGCACUUGCGUGAUUCUCACUGUGAAAAUCACAGUGAGAGCACGCAAGCGUCCAUAGGAAAGCAUUGAUAAUGCUUUCCUAUGCGACCGGCUGAAUGCACGCGCAGCUCUUGCGAGUAUGUUUUCCUGGCACUAUAGUGGUCCUUUAAGAAAAAGAAUGGAAAGAGGAUUAAAAUCAAUUUAUAGAGCAAUCACCUAUAUAAAUGAGCAAAAACAUGUAUUGGCAGUCAUUAUACUGAAAUCCUAGACUUGGAUAGGUGGAAAUAAAGUGUGUACAUAUCUAAAAGAAGAGAAAAUUCAGAACAAAUGCAUAAUAUAUAUAUAUAAAACACAUUUUGGUUAAUAAAAUAAAAAGACUAUAGUAAUUAAAAAACACUGAAAAAUUAUUAUACAAAUUAAAAAAAAUUAACAAGAUCCAAUUCAAUAUUUAACCCAUGGGGUUCCAGACUUUUUAGUCUGUGCACCUAUUUAACCCCUUAAGACCGCAGCCAAAUGUACAAGUUGUGAUCAAAACAAAACGUAAACAAAACCUGGCAUUUGCGUAAUUCACCUCUUUCAUAUUAAAUGCACCCACACUUAUUAUAUAUCAUUUUAAUCAGGGGAAACAGGGCUUUCGUUUAACAUCAAAUAUUUAGGUAUGGAACAUAAUUUCAUAUGAAAAAAUAUUUAAAAAAAUGGGAGAAUUAAAUAUUUUUUUAAUUUUUUUAGUUCUACGUGACAUUUUAACUGUGAAUGUCAAAAUACUGUUUGCUUUACUGCAGUAACAUACACAUCUUUGUAUUCAGCGAUGUCUCACGUGUAAAACAGUACCCCAUAGGUACAGGUUUUAUAGUGUUUUGGGAAGUUACAGGGUUAAAUAUAGCGUGUUACAUGUUUCAGUUUUUUCACAUUGAAAUUCACCAGAUUGGUUACGUUGCCUUUGAGACCAUAUGGUAGCCCAGGAAUAAGAAUUACCCCCAUGAUGGCAUACCAUUUGCAAAAGUAGACAACCCAAGGUAUUGCAAAUGGAGUAUGUCCAGUCUUUUUUAGUAGCCACUUGGUCACAAACACUGGCCAAAGUUAGUGUUAAUAUUUGAAAAUGCAAAAAACUAAUUUGAACGCUCAUUUUGGCCAGUGUUUGUGAUUAAGUGGCUACUAAAAAAGACUGCACAUACCCAAUUUGCAAUACCCUGGGUUGUCUAUUAUUGCAAAUGGUAUGCCAUCAUGGGGGUAAUUUUCAAAACUGUAAAACAUAUCACAACAAUUAUAAUGUAAGUGCCAUUUGUGUGUGAGAAAUGCAAAAAAUGUCACUGUCACUGACGAUAUCGUCGUUGUAAUACAUUUUACUGUUUUGAAACACUAAUAUUUGUGUUCAGUGAAGUCUGCCGAGUAAAACAGUACCCCCCAUGUACAGGUUUUAUGGUGUCUUGGAAAGUUACAGGGUUAAAUAUAGUGCUAGAAAAUUACAUUCCCUGAACUUUCGGUCUGGGUUGUCAGGCAGGUCCUGCAAAUUGUAAUUAAUAAAAUGACCUAGUUAUGUAAAAUUAUUACAUAAAUAUAUACGUAGAAUUAUAUAUAUAUAUAUAUAUAUAUAUAUAUAUAUGUGUGUAUAUAUAUAUAUGUAUAUAUUAUUUUUAUUAUUUUUAUUUAUAUAUAGGUAUAUAUAUAGUGAUAUAUACGUAUAUACUUAUGUAUAUAGAUAUAUAUUAUUUCGUUCUACAUAUAUUUUGAUAUCAAUAUAUAUAUAUAUUAAUUUUAAAAUACAGUUAGAACGAAAUUACGCAUGUAUAUUUAUUUUUAAUCAAUUUAUUUUGUAUUAUUUUUUAAUUUUAUUUUUUACAUAUUAAUAUAUUUAUUUUUUAUAAUAUAUAAAUAUAUAUAUAAUGAAAAUUAUAUAUAUAUUUAAUCAAUAUCAUUGUACGUGUAUUUGGUAUUAAUAUAUAUAUAAUUAUGUAUAUAUUAAUAUUAAAAUACACGUAGACAGUGUAUGUGUAUUUAUGUGUACCGUAUGUGUGUAUAUGUGUAUAUAUAUAUAUACUUAGAUCAUAUAUAUAAUAAAUAAAUAUAUGAUAUAAGUAUAUAUUAUUUAAUUUUACACUGUUUUAACAUCUUUUAAUUUUAUUUCCAGGCAGCAGGGGGGAGUACCUGUCAUUACAGGCACUCCCCCUGCUGUCAAUGCCUUGGACAGCUAUGCCGUCCAUGUGGUCACAGAGUCCUCACAUGGACCUCGUGAUCACAUGGCCCAGGGGGGCUGAAGAGGACAGAGGGGGACUCCCUGGGCUCCCAGGUAAGUCCCCAUACCACGAUCGCCGGCGUGGGAUCGCCGGCGACCGGGUAAGUACAAAAGAUCGCAGGGCGUUCUAUGCCACCCUGCGGUGUUUAGAGCCAUCUAAAUAAGGACGGCAUAGAAUGCCCUGCGGUCUUAAGGGGUUAAUUUCCUCCACACCAAUCUUCUGGAUGUGAUUACCCCCCUAUAGAGUUUAUUAACUACCUGAAUACCCAGAAAAGUAAGUCCUCUGGAGUCCAUGUUGUGAUGGGCUGUACACUGUGUGAAGUGCAGCUACUUUUUACCAAUAAUUUCCUUGGUCUGUUCUUAGUGCCAUUAUUACGUGAAUUUGUCUUUUAUAUUGGGGAUCAUUGUUUUCAUGGAAGGUCCAAUGAUGCCCAAGCUUAAUUUUCCUUACAAACAGAGUGACAUUUUCUCCUAGGAUUUUCUGAUACUUUAAUUAAUCAAUCUUGCCUUCCACAUGUUGCAGGUUUUCAGUGCCAGAGGAUUCAAAUCAGCCCAAGGCACCACCAUACUUAACUGUAGGCAGAGAGUUCUUUUCAGCAUAUGCUUCAUUCUUCUUCCAUACCGCUGAUACAUGGGGCUGAAAAGUUCCAGUUUUAUUUCAUUGCUCCACAGAACAGAAUCCCUAAACUUCUGUGGCUUAAUUAAAUGAUUUUGAGCAUAUUAGAGAAGACUUUUCUUGUGCUUUUGGGUCAGUAGUGGUGUACAUCUCGGAGUUUGGGCAUGGAAAACCUUUGCACUUUGUAAGCACCUUGCUGUGCUCAUUGAAACCGUAAUGCCUAUUGCUACCAAGUCUUGUUGCAGGUCUUUUGCAGUCACAACCUGCCUUCUCAGGAAUCUAGUUGCAGCCAUUGAUAGCUUCCUUUUAUGAUCCAUCCAGGUAGGUAGUGUAACCACUGUUAUUUCAACUUAGAACUUGCUAACUAUGCUUCCAGUGGUGUCUAUAGGAACAUUCAGUGCCUUUGCUAUGUUUUUGUAUCCUGUUCCUUGUUUGUGCAGGAUGAUGAUUUUUCUCUUAACUUUGUGGACCAUUCUUUUGAUUUAUUUCUAACAUGCAGUCAAACGAGACACUCAACAAACCACUAGCCAGUUCAAGUAUUUCAAGUGUUCCGGCUCAAGCACACCUAGUGCAACUAAUGAACCCAUUGAUUAGUUGCAUCCGAUAUGCUUGAGACAACACCUGUUUUGCAUAUUUGUGCUGUUGUGAGGGAUUAUAUUUAGGUUUUAAAACAUUUUGAAUAAUGUUGAGACUGGAGAAGUUAUUAUAAGUUGCAUCUUCAGUUGAAUUUGGGGAAACUACUUGAAGAAUCUGUUGUGUUGAGCUAUUUUAAUUACUUUUGUUUGAUUUGUUAAUUUCAAACAGCUGAAAGUCUGUACAUUUUGACAACAAACCUGAUUUUCAAUGGGGGGUUGAAUGAUUUUAAUUCCAACUGUAAAUAGGAUAAAUAAUUCUUGAAUCUUUUGCAUCAUCACAAUUUUACUUUUUUUAACCUUUUGAUUACUCUCAAACAAAAUAUUAUCCAUUAAUGAGGGAAAGAAAAUGCUCUUCUAUUAUUUCUUCCAUCUGCAGGAUUCUUUUAGUAUUAACGACAGAAUAAUAUCGGUCACAAUUAUAGUUGCCUAUUUUGGUGUAAAAAGGAAGUCAACAGUCUUGGCAGAUAAUGAAAGGAAAUAGUAGAUGAGAUUCAGCAUUUAGUAAACAGUAAACUUCACAGAUCACUGCCCUACUUGUAGUUUGUGCAGAGUUCAUUGGCCCCGUGGAUUUAAAAAAUGCAAUUUUCUAUUUAGAGUUGUCAGUGCCAUCAGGAUUCACUGAGCACAGCUGCAUGUCCCUGGAUUCAGCAAUGAAAGAGACAUUGAAGAAAAAAAUAACAGUCAGAUAGAGUAAAAUUUUGCAGCCUAAAUAAUUAAAGAUACAGGUAAUGUGGCCAUGCUUCCAUCUGCCUCAGCAAUAUAUCCUUUUAACUAAAACCUUGGAUAGCAUCGGAAGAUUUUUAAAAAUUAAUUGGUUUAAAAUUCAUGAAACUUAUUUAACCUUAAAAAAAACAUUCCUGAAGUUCAUUAGUUGUCACUUUCUGGUUGCAAAGAACAAACAGCAUGUAGAGAUGGCUUGAUAAUAAGACUGCCACAAUACAUCCACAGAUUGUCAAAGCUUAAAGGGGAGCUGUCACUUCCCAGGUUUUUAAAUAUUUUGUUUAUUUAGCUCUUAAAUUUAACAAAUAUGUAUUUAUGCGGUGUGAAAAAUUAGAUGAAAGUAGAAAUCCACAAGUCUUUAUCCUGCAACUGUCCGUCUCCAUCUUAGCUCCCUGUCAGUCAUUGCUAUAAGCUCUGUCCUGUGCACCUGGCAGAGAUGGGGGCUGUGUCAUAUUUAAACAAGGUCAUUGAUUAAAAACUUUUAAUUUUUUUUCUUUGCUCUCUACUGAACAUUUUGAGUUUUAUUCAAAACAACAACAGAUCUUUUGGUCAGGAAGAUUGGCAAGGGUUAGGAUACCAAUAUCAGAGAUUUCACUAUGAAAAUCUAGAAAGGGAAACUCUAUGAUAGUAUGACCAUUACACCAUCGCCACUACAAUGGACCUCGGUGGUCAUGGGGCUUGGAGUGUUCUUUUAAUCAUAGUGAUGUGAAAAUCAAAAGUUACAUUUUGUUAUUUUUAAAACUAUAAGACUCGUGCAUAGUGAGAAUAGUUGGUGUGGCCAAACCAUUUUUCCAAAGAAAAGGAAAAUUGGCAAAGGUGAAUUUCAGCCAUAUUUUGCUGCGGCUUGUCCAAAUUUCAGUAAUCUAUAAAGGAGAUGCAUUACAGAAGCCAAAGCACAAAAAUCAAUGUAUUGCAAAAUACAUACAUAAUACCAUAAAAGAAAAUUACUGCCAUUUGGUUCACAGUUCACAUGAGAAACAGUAACCAAUAGAUGGAAAAACAGCAUUGACCGUAAACGUAUUUAUAUUCAUAUAUUGGUAUGAUAUAUUAAAUGUAUUAAAUAUACAAUAUAUGUAGAGAGAGAUUUUGAUUACUGCUCCUACUUUUUUCCUUUUAUUGGUCACUUCUCAUUUGAUCUGUGAAUAAAAUCAAUAUAUUUAGUGACUGUUGCCUAGCCAUCAAUUAUCUUUUUUCCCAUCAAUCAUUUCUUUUUUCCAUGGGUGGAAUUCGGAAUCUCAAAUUAAAACAAACAUACUCAGCCAUUGUGUAUUCCAGCUCGGAAUUAGGCAGCUGAUGUCCUCAUCCUCAAUAUAAAAAAAUGCUACACUGACCCCUAUCGAAUCUUUAGCAAGUAAUGCAACUCAGAUCAAAAGUGCAAUCUCAAUCUGUUACUCUACUACCCAGGUCCAUAUGACUUCAAUGUAUCCGGCAUGCAGACAUGGGAACAGGAUUUGGGUAUUGUUUUCUCAGAAUCAGAAUGGACACAGAUACUACUAUGGGUUUGCUAAAUGCACAAAUCAAUUUGAGUUAUUAUGUAAACUCCUCUUUAGGUGGCAUCUAACACCUACCAAACGAUAUUACAUGUACCCAAAUGUCUGUAGGCGCUGCUGGAGGAACUGUCGAGAAGAAGGUUCGUACUUGCAUAUUUGGUGACAUUGCCCAAAUAUUAUGCGGCUAUGUGCAGAGAUUUUUGAGGUAAUACAAGAUAAAUCACAAGUGACUCUGCCCUUCAAAUCUGAAUGCACAAUCUUGGGUUUAUACCUUCAGACUAUAAUUCAUUCUAAAUGGAAAUUAAUCUCUACUAUGUUCCCAUCUAUUAAAAUGCUAAUAUCACAAAUUUGGAAAUCACCUUUGGUGCCUAAACAUUCCCACAUAAUAAGUUAUAUAGACAAGAAAAGGCAGCAAGAACACUGCUUCCACAUAGCCUCAAACUCUUUGUUGUCGUUCAUCCGUGCCUGGAAAUAUUAGAUUUCUUCAUUGGAAUAGCUGAUGAGAACAAGAGUAACAAAUGCUUCUCCUAUCAUCCUAUCACAGUUUAUAUUUAUUUUAUGUUAAUUGUUUCAAUACUACAAUGUUGAACGAUUUAAUGCCUUGCAUUGUACCUUGUACUUAAAACUUAUAUGGCAUAUUGGAAAAAUUGUUUACCUUGUAUAUGAUUGAAAGGAUUCAAUAAAAGCUAGGUGUGUAAAAAUAAUUUUAAAAAAUAUCAGAAAAAUAUUAGAAAUGGCAGAUUGAGCUGUAUUAUUUAAUUGGGUUCAGCCAACAGUCAAUGGUUUGUACAUGUAGUGAGGUGUUAGAAAAAGGAGUUUUAGCACAGAAAGCUUUUAAAUAUUGAUUGAGCCCCAGUGGGCCAUACAACAAAUGAAUUCCUACUCUUUUACAAAAAUAGAAAAAAAGAGACACAACUAAAAAAGUACAUGUAGAUAAAAUAUGAUAAGUUAAAAAAAUAGGUUUUUUAAUAACUCCAUGGUGACACGCAUACAAACAUAAAUGAGUAUCUAAUAACGUAACCUCUGUCUAUUAUUUAUAUUUACUACUCCCUCCUAAGUAGUAUGACAAAUUAUAUUUUUUUUUCUCCAUAUUUUGCCAACAACAUAUAAAUAUAUCAAGGUGUAUCAUACAAUCAUACAGUAUAACAUAAUAGUAAUUUUCUCCACUUUCUUGAAAAGCAUGUUGAGUUACUGUAAUUCUGUAAAACAUUUAGUCGCAGAACCUUCUUCUAUUAUAUUAGAAACAGACAAUGCUGCAACUGUCCUUUUGAAGCUCUUCAAUCAAUCAGGCUGUGUGGCCAAACUAGCCGUCACACAACAGCCGCUGCUAUCUAGGUCAGAAGAGCCAGUGGGCAUUUCCAUCAUUUCUCUCCAUUAGCAUGGGCAGCUCUGGGAUUGAACAUCAAUGCAAAACAUGUCAACAUUAAUCUUAGAAAAGCCAAUAAUAUUACUGAAGCAGCUACAGCUCAUGGUAACUGUAUAACAUCCAACAUUCACAAUGAAUGAAUGAGCAUCAUUGUUAUUAGUUUCUGGGUUUCUUUCAAUGUAUAAUUUAAUUUAUCACAGUAGGCAUUUAUAAUAUAAACCUUCAAAAAAUGAAUUUAUUUAGCCCACAAAUAUAUGUAAAAAAUAUAUACAAAUGUGUGGAUGCAAUAUUGCUGUGCAAUAUUGCUAACACUAUAAAGGUUACUGACUCCCUGAUAUGGACAGUAAUCUAAUCCUGUUUGUGAAAAUUGCAGAUUUCAAUAUGAUAUUUAACUUUAAGAUAAACAUAAUAUAAUUGAAAACUUAAUUUUUUUCCAAUUAUGUUGUUUUGCUUUAAAAAUUACUUUUCAUGUACUUAUAUUUAGUAGCAAAAGCAUCAGUACUUUGAAUAUGGUAAGUAAUAGUGAACGUAAUGCCUUUAGAAAAGGCAUUCAAAGUGUUAAGAAUCAGUUUUAGGGACAAAAUAUACCACUCCACUCCACCCCACCAUAAUAUUGUCAGUAUAUCUAUACCAGUAACAUAUGUUUGUGUGUUUGUGUUCUAAUCUAUCCAUGCAAAUAUUGUCAAAGGUGGGUGCUAUGUUCUAUCCUACAGCAGUUAUUUAGUCUGGUAGUAGAACUUGAUAGAGAAAAUAAAAUAUUUUUUCUCUAAUACAAUGUGCAGGAGACAAAGUAAAAUGAUCAAUUCUCAGGGCAGAAAAUACAUCUGAUAUUGCUAUAAUGUCAUCAUAAUUAGCAAAAUACAUGCAUAUAUUGGUAAAUAGAGGAUUACUGAGUUAUAAAUGAGAACACAAAAUGAUUAUGGCUCACAAAAUACUAUUUUACCGAUACCUUACACCACAUAUAUUAGCCCAAAUGUGUAUCAGACUUAGUAGCCUCUGCUGGAAACUGUGUGGAGAAACUGGAACAUUUAUGCAUUUCUGGGGUUUCUGCCCAAGACUUACACCACUAUGGACACAGGUCACCCCCUGCUUACUCAAAAUCUAGGCAAACUUUACCUGUGGGCUUUAUUAUUAUCUAAACCACUGGAUACCUUAACUAGAGCUUAGAACAAGUAAGUAACAAGUUGCAUUAGCAACUUGCAAAGCCAUUGGUGAAUUAUGGGCUAAAGAAGACAUUCCUAGCAUGUCUAUAGUCGCACGUAAAAUAAGGCUAUAGAGAUGGACAGACUCAAAGCAGAAUUAUGCAACAAAUUCUUCCAUAAAAUAUGGAAUCCAUGGAUACAUGGAGAAGUUCCUAUACUCUGUUAGAAUUAUUUAUAUAACAUUGACAUCAUCUCACCUUUUUGGACUUUGUAAAGCGCAAAAACUUUUAUUUAUUUUCCCUUCCUUCCCACCCUUUCUCCCUGGAGCUAAAUCCAGGCACAGUUUCUCUUCUUUUCCUUUAGUCUUAAAUAUCUCCUUAUUCCCGUACCUUUCUAGCCACAUGUCCCAACCGAAGGUAUUUGUAAAUAGUUUGCAUAACCCUUUUUCCCUCACAGUCAUCCCUACAAUUCCCAAUCCAAUAUUCGUGACCCCCCUCCUUUCACAAAAAUGAGCACCAUGGAAACGCAGCCAAUGUGUUAGCUAACUCUUAGGAUAGUAGCCAAAAUUCCUUAACAAUCACGGGGGGACCACCUUUACUGAAUUCUCUACCACUGAUCAUGGUUCUGAGCAAAAAUGUGCUAAUCGACAUUGCUCACAGGCAUCCACUUUAUGUGCUUGUGAUAUAAGUGAUGAUUACGAAGCUAGUUUACCACUGCCAGUGGUGAAUCAUUUUGAUAUUGACCGAUGGCCCCUUUUCCCAUAUUGUACUAUUUUUACUAUUAUGUGUAUUAUUGUAUUAUAGCACUAUUUUACUGUUUUAGUUCUUUGUUGAUCUCUCAAUGUGCUUGUUUAUUUACUUGUAUGUUACUUAUGAAUAUGAAAAAUUUAAAUUAAAGACUAUAAAUAAAUAAAUAAAGAAAAAAUAUUCACUAAAUGUAGAUACUUUACUCUUAAAAGAGGAAAGCAUAUUUGAAAUGCUCAGUCAGUUAAAAUUCAUAACUGCUGUGGAAAGCAAACUGACAUAAGUUUAAUGUAGCAGCUUGAAUAUCAGGAACAUUUUCUUUGUCCAUAGAGAUGCAUGGUUAAUGAGCUGUUUGACAGAGGUCCACAUAGACAGAGAACUUGACAUGCUGCCUCCAUGGCCCUUUGUCCUGAUGUUCCAUUUUGGAUAGAACACAAUGUGUUUGUAGAGCUGACUUGUAUUUAAUUUUAAUACCAUGCCCAGCUUGAGCACCAUCUUUUGGCCAUAAAUGUAAAAAGAAAAAAGUGAUUCCAUAAAGAAUUAGACUCCCAGUCCAAUUUCUCACAAUGCAAGAUGUUAGCAGCAUGGGAAUGAAUUCUGAAAUGUAAGAAGAAAGCUAUAAUAAUAGCAAUGGAGUUAUUAGUGUAAGACUAGUUAUAUAAAAUAGGGGAAAAAAAGAAUAUUAAAUUUAAGGCUAAGGAGAGUUCAUUGUCAUUGAUUUGUGACAAUAGUUACACGGGAUUGAUUAUAAAUCAGAACAUUACUUGUUUAGAGAUUAUAUUUUUCAUCACAAAAAUUCAGUAAAAAAAGGAAGGUAGCUUUUCUUUGGACUCUGGCUUUUACAGUAAUGUGCCAAAUAUGUCCACCAGCCAAAAUAGACAUUUAGCAACAUCCCAAAAAUACAUGGACUAUAUGGAUAACUAACAAAUGGCUCAGGAUUGAAAUGCAUACUAAAGUGGACACCAGGGUCACCAUCAGGGGGUGACACGUGUAGCGGCAAAACUACCACCGGGGCAGCUGCACCGGUGCCCGCACACUGAUAUGGUCCUUCGGUUGGCCCACACACUUAGGGCCAUCUGAUGUAAUAGCACGUGCAAUAGCUGCAGCCACACCGCAAAUGCUGCUGGGAGGAAGUGACAGCUGGUCACUUCCUCCCAGCUUACUCCACGCGGGAGGAGAGACAGCGUGGAGGCAAUGAAAAGGGAGAGCCAUUCCGAUUCCCAUCAGCCCGACCCUCCUGCAAAGUAAGUGUGGCUGAAAAACGAGAUGUAUGCCUGUCAGUAUGUAUGUCUGUUUGUCUGUCAGUAUGUAUGUCUGUCAGUAUAUAUGUAUGUCUGUAUGUCAGCGUGUAUGUGUGUGUUUCUGUAUGUUCUUGUGUGUGUGUGUGUGUGUGUCUGUAUGUAUGUAUGUAUGUUAGUAUGUGUCUGUAUGUCACUAUGUAUGUGCCUAUAUGUGUGUAUGUCUGUUUCAGUAUGUGUGUUAGGAAUACAAACAUAUUAGUAACACUAUAGUGCUGGAAUACAAAUCUAUCCCACCUCUCUGUGGAAUUAAAGGGUGUAAAACUUACCUUUUCUCCACCUCCGCGCCAGUCUUGCCAUAGCUGGCUUCGACUCCAUGGCUGCGCCAAUCUGCAUCUCCUCAUAGAAAUGCAUUGAAUAAAUGCAUCACUGUGGGGAGCACUGAAUGUAGGAAACAUCUGUAGUGGCCAUCUGGAUGACUGCCCAGAUGUGUUCCUAGGAAGCAAUGAAAGGACAGUGUUUUCAGUGCUAAGACUACAGGGACAUGAUAUCGACACCCAAGCAAUGACUGACCACAUUAAAAGACCACUAUAGUGCCAGGAAAACAUACUUGUUUUCUGGCACUUUCGGGUCUCUAGGUCUCCCCCACCCUCUGGGCCCCCCCUCCCGCCGGGCUCUAGGGGGUGGAAAAGGUUACUCCCUUACCUUUUUCCCCACCGGGCUCCCUCGGCACGGGGAACUCUCCUCCUCCUUUUCGCCGUCAUCGGCUGAAUGCGCAUGCGCGGCAAGAGCCACGCGCGCAUUCAGCCAGUCCAUAGGAAAGCAUUCUCAAUGCUUUCCUAUGGACGCUGGCAUCUUUUCACUGUGAAAAUCACAGUGAGAAGCGCGGAAGCGCCUCUAGCGGCUGUCAAUGAGACAGCAACUAGAGGCUGGAUUAACCCAUAGGUAAACAUAGCAGUUUCUCUGAAACUGCUAUAUUUACAGCAAAAAUAGUUAAACCUAGAUGGACCUGGCACCCAGACCACUUCAUUAAGCUGAAGUGGUCUGGGUGCCUAUAGUGGUCGUUUAAGCUGUAGUGGUUCUAGUGACUAUAGUGUCCCUUUAACUUUCUGUCAGUAUACCAGGCAUGCAGGUUCACAAAAGGGAGAUGAUAGAAUAAAAUACAUAAUUGAAACAAUUAUUAUUAUUAUGAUAUUUAUGUAGCGCCGUCAAAUUCCGCAGUGCUUUACAAUGGGUGGACGAACAGACAUGUAGUUGUAACCAGACAAGUUGGACACACAGGAACAGAGGGAUUGAGGGCCCUGCUCAAUGAGCUUACAUGCUAGGGGGAGUGGGGUAAAAUGACACAAAAAGGUAAGGAUAGUAUUAGACUAGUGACAGUUGCAGAAGAGGAAUCAGUCAGGAGCUAUUAACAGUUUAAUUGAUACGCUUUUAUGAAGAAGUGGGUUCUUAACGAUUUUUUUAAGGAGUGGAGACUGGGUGAGCAUCUAACGGAGGAGGGAAGCGAGUUCCACAGGAACGGUGCAGCCUUCGAGAAAUCUUGAAGGCGAGCAUCAGAGGUGGGAGUACGGACAGAAGAUAGACGUAAGUCUUCAGCAGAUCGUAAGGGCAUAGAUGGGACAUACUUGAGUAUAAGGGAGGAUAGAUAGGUGGGAGCAGCAUUAUGUAGAGAUUUGAAGGCAAGAACCAGAAUUUUAAAUUGAGCUCUAUAUUUUAUACGAAGCUAAUGUAGGGACUGACAGAAGGGUGAGGCAUGGGAGGUGCGGGCGGACAGGAAGAUGAGCCUCACUGCCGCAUUCAUUAUGGACUGUAACGGCGCAAGUUGGGAGCACGUAAGACCACUGAGAAGUGGAUUACAGUAGUCAAGGCGAGAAAGGACAGUGGAAUGGACCAACAUCUUAGUCGCAUCUGGCGUUAAGUAGGGGCAGAUGCGCGCAAUGUUUUUGAGAUGGAAAUGACAGGAUUUGGCAACAUGAGGCUUGAAGGAGAGGUCGGAGUCAAAGAGAACACCUAGGCAGUGAGCCUGCGUGGUGGAGCUGAUGGUAGCACUGUUGACUUGGAGGGAGACAGGCACAGGAGUAACAACACUUGAAUUUAAAAACAAUUAACCAAUUGCUGUCUGAUUUUAACUUUAACAGAUUGCAGUUCUGCUUUUGCUCUCAUACAUGCAUUUGAAAGUAAGGUUUAAUGCACUGCAUUUAUUUACAUCAUGCUAUAUCCCUAAACUAUCACCUCAUAAAUGUUGCUUUCCAAAGUUCUAUAAAAUAUGUUGACCGAGAUAAUUUAUUUAGGUUCCAUCAGUUACCCUGAUGUUUUUGACAACUAGCAUAUGAUAAAAACAGGCAGACACAAGACUUAGUUCAGUAGUUUAACCCCUUAAGGACCAAACUUCUGGAAUAAAAGGGAAUCAUGACAUGUCACACAUGUCAUGUGUCCUUAAGGGUUUAAAGAGUUUAAAAUAAUGAUAAACAAUCCUUCAUAACACCUAUACCUAUAAAAGCUGCCACCACCUAUACAAUUUAUAAAUUGUUUAACUUAGUUUAUCGAACCACAGCAAAUUUAAGACCCACGAAACACAAUUUUCCAAAACUAUCUAUGAACCACAGUACCAUGAUAUAAUUCUCUUCAGUAAUGUUACCAAGUAUUUCUGUCCCAAGAAAGCUUUUGGUAAGGAAAAUGGAAAUCCACCAGAAAUUUGAUUUGUUUCUAAAAAUGGAUUACAAAGUUCUUUAGGUUUUAUCACAGAUUAUAUUCACUUUUUUUGCCAUCUGAGAGGCGCAGUUAAUGCAUUCCAAAACCUGGAUGAAAAUGCACAAUGCAAUAUAUUUAUAUACAGGUGUUUCUGAUCUAUUUCUAACAAAGUCAGAUCAUAAUGUAAAUUCAGAGAAUUAAUUUGAGACCCAACAUAAUAUGCAUUAAUGCAUAAUGCCCCCCAAAAAAUAAAUAACAUCUAAAUUCACUUCCAAAACUAUAAUUUGAAUGACCCUUUAUCGAACUCACAAGUGUUUUGUUUCUCAGCUCACUCUGACAGCUUAUGUGCUAAGGCCCGUAAUAAAGGGUACUCUUACUUGGACCAUUAGCAGCUGAAAUAUACCUUUAUACUAUUUUUUUUUAAAAACAACACAACAAAACAUGCUUUAAUUUACACUCCUUUUCCUGUGAGCUGGCAAAUGACUAAUUUCUCUAAUCAAAUUCAAGAGAGGACCCUUGAAGAACCACCUGGCCAUCCACAUGCUGGGGCUUUGUUUCUUCUCCCAACUCACUUGUUUCCUAAUAUACACAUGAUAACUAUUGCUAAAGAUUCUGGGACAACGAGGUUAGGUAUUGACAUUGAUCCAAAUAUUUGGAUUAUUUGGAUUACAGUUAAGCAUGUUUGCAGUUUGUUAAUUUAGGUGCCCUUGAAGGCACAGUCAAGGUUCUAUGCUAAUUAUGUAAAUGUAAACUUGUUGGUGCAUUGAUUAAAAAUAUCCUUAUAUAGAUUCUAUUUUGACAUUUAUCCCUAUGAUCAAUAUUCUUGACUAUUUUUACUCUUCUAAUGAAGGUAUUUACCUGGGCUAUCUCAGUUACUUGGUAUUUAGCUACAAGCUGUUUCUUGGACUGUGUCUUUUGGUAUAUAAAAGUACUGUACAGUAUAUCUAUAUUUACAUACAGAGUAGGUGGAGUAUCUUGGUUCGUUGUACAAUAGCAUAUAGUGUAUAAUAAGAACUGUAAAAACAGAGAAAACAAAAUCUAGUGCAAUAUCGUAGAGCACAAUGGUGACUUUAAGUAUAAUUUGUGGUUAGUACUCACAAACCAAGAGCCAAAGGAAACUGGCUCAAUUCAGGCGCCUGUGGGAUAGUUGUAAGGGUUCCCACUCGAUCUCUGUGUGGUAGCGGUUUCUGUAUUCCUUAUAAUAGUUGAGAAGAAGGGACCAUAGCCAUAGAAGGAAACUCUUCUUUAAUAAAAAAGGAAAUACAUAAAAAAUACAAUUCCACUUAGGGUAAAAGUAGAAGAUAAAAUAUAUUAAAAAACGAACAAAAGUCUCUUAAUAUGAAAUAGUCCACUAUGGGACAAAAAGUCAAUAAUCCACUCUGGGAAAAUCAAGCAAGACGCGUUUCGCCCAAUAUAUGGGCUUCCUCAUUUGCUCCUAAAGGUGUUCUGUUCCCUCUCACCAUUUUAUGCCCCUUUGUAAUGGGGGAAUGUUGGACACCUGUUCCGUCUUCAUUUCGUCCGGGUUCCGUCGUCACUUCCGGUUGACGUAUUUCCGGUUUUCGUUGCAUCCGAGGGUGGAACGCAUAUGCGUUCCACCUAGUGCUGACGUACUUCCAGUUCUCUCCAAAAUGGAACGCACAUGCGUUUCACCUACUGCACAAGAUAGUAUUCGUUUUUGCAGAAGUCCAGAAGAUUGCUUUACAUUUGUGUCCCUGUUAUAUAUUUCUUCCAAAAAGAAAAAUUGCACAAUAUAAAUGUCCUCUUUGAGUGCCUGAUGUCAGGGAUUGAGACAGCAGUAAAUAUCAAUGAUAAAGGCAUAAUUGAUAUCCAAAAGUGCAUAAAAAUUGCAUAUAUAUAUAUAUAUAUAUAUAUAUAUAUAUAUAUAUAUAUAAUAUAUGAUAAAACAAAGAUAAUAAAAAUAUUUGAAAUAAAAGUAUAUAUAAAAAAUGCCUACAUACAAAAAGAAGGUGUUACAAUAAUUGAAACCUUAAAAAAUACAAGCAUAAAGUGUGAAUAAAAUGUAGUAUAUAUAUUAUAGUGCAGAUGUCAGUGAUAGUGAGAAACCAUUAUAUCACGGAUAUAGAAGAAUUACUUCUUGAGAAAAUGACAAAUCUCGAAAUCUAAGUUUAAACCAUUAGGUAUCAAAGUAUUAAAAUUAAAAAUUAAUUUCAUCUCUUCCUUUCCUAGUUUGUUCCCAUAGUCUUCUCCUCUCCAAUUUUUAGUUACCAAUUUUAUUGCACAAAAGAGGAGGCAUGUGGGGUCUUGGUUGUGUGUGGUUUUAAAGUGCUGGGAGACAGAAUGCGUCUCUAAGCCUUUCCUAAUAUUGACUCAGUUCUCAAAGUGGAAGCUCCUCUUGUAGUCAGAAAGACAGUCAUACAUAUUUAACCUUGCGUAAUUAUAUCUACUAAAUGGAAAUGCUUUACCUUGCCAUGUAAAAACUACAGGGUCAUUGCACCUAAAUCACUUCAUUAAGAUGAAGGGGCCUGGGUACCUUUAGUUGUCAUUCAAGAAAUGAUCAGGUAUGAUGAUAUGUUUUUUUUAGCUAAACUAGACAAUGAGAAGAGUGAUGUAGCUUGAGAAAGCCUUAGUGUUAGGUGAGAAUGUUGUCAGCUUGCUUUGACCUCGAUAAAUUUGGAAUCUUUAUUCAUCUAGUGAUGUGUGCUGGACAUUAUUCUUUCUUGAUUCUAAAUAAAAUAUCUGAGGCUGAUACACUAGAGGAUAUAAUUUAUUAUUUUUGGUUUUCUCCACCUGGAUACUGAAAAUAAGCAGAGGAAAACUAAAAUAUACAAAAAAGUCAGAUACAACAACAAACAGAUCUUACAGUUUAAAAAGAAGAAAAAAUUGUUGUUAAUAUUUCUGCUAUUUGGCAAGGUAAGAUGUAUUUUGUAAAGGUUUAUCCUGAGGCUUAUUACGCAAUAAGAAACUUGUCACUUUAGAUGCAAAUUUGUAUAGAUUUUUUUCAAAUCUUUAUCUUGUGAUAUUGAAGUGUGUGUUCACAUAGGAAGAUUGCAUUACUAAGAGGCAGGUAAUGAUACAAGGCUAGUGAUCAUGGAGAUGGAUUUGAGAAAUAAGAGACUAAUUUUGUUGUCCCCAUUACAAUCAUCCUGUGUAGACUUGUAUUGAUUUGAUGAAACGUGACAUUGUAAAAUUCUUCAAAGUAAAAAUGGACGAGAAACACAUCCACCAAACUUGAUGGCAGGUGAGCAAAGGCCACCUCAAAAUCAAUGCACUAAAAAUAUAUAAUAAUAGACACUACAACAAGGACAACUUAAAACAGAAUUAAUAAGAUAUUUGAAAGUAUAUUUCAGGAAAUAACAAUUUUCCAAACAUUUUGGGGAAGUCAAAUCAGUACUGGGCAUUUCACUACUAGAGAAUAUAUUUUUGCACAUGUUCCUACACUUUAAUAUUGAUUAGAAAAAAAAACUAUAUAUCAGUUUACAGUAAUCCCAUUUUAUAUAACACUAUCACACGUAUUACUUUCUCAAUAAUAUCUAUGAAAAAUUCUAUGAACUUUCAAAGGAUCAAAGUCUCCUCUAUAUAGGUUAUAAAAAUCAUUUUACAUAAAGUAAAAAAUAAAUAAAGUAAAAAUAAAAAGCAAAAAAAAUGUAAAUGAUGUUACACUAAAAGGUGUAAACCAGUUUUGCAUCAGUUUGAUGGAGUUAUGUUAGAAUCAGCGUUAUACUUUUAUUUUCAGUUAUUACUCUGUAUCUAGUUUUCAGAACAUUUAAUAAGCUAAUGUUUUAGGUAACUACUGUGUAUUACCACUGCACCAUAACCACUACAGGACGCUCUUCUCUGAUCUAUCUAAAGCGGAUGUUGAGGAGGCUGGAUGUGAGGCAUUUAGGAAACUUGUUGGGAAAAAAAACAAUUUCUCUAAUUCAAUGGAUGCCACCAUGGGACUCCUGGCACUACACAGUAGUGGCUUUAGAGCUCAGUUACAGUGAAUAAAUAAUUUUAUAAAAUGGGAAAUUUUUAAAUGAUUAUCAAUGUGGAUCUCCAAAAUAGCUACUUCAGUUAUUUUAUGUCCAACGUAAUAUAUAAUAAUUCCUAUGGCCUAUGAAAACAACUGUGCACUUUUAUUAUCUAUGCUGUUUUAAAAAUAUAUAUUUCUAUUCACACAGAGAAAGAAGAAAUAGAAAUUUGGAGAUUUCACCUGUGGUCACUUUGCUGUUCUUUUAAGUCCACCCUUUUAAUAUCGGUCUCUUACUUCACCAAAGGUCAUUCUGACAUUUUCCUUCUCAUCUUCACAAGUUUACGUUUUGUUGAUGGUGGUAAUCCCUCCAGGACAGGGAGUUGGCCAAAUCUUACAAUAUCAUAAUUGUCUUGGCAUGCCAUCUGCCAUGCAGUGUUUAUUGCAAGAAAACAGUGCUGCAUAUGAAAUUAUGAUGUUGUUUGAUGUAUUAUGAUGUUUUUUCUCAAUAAUAGCAUAUUCGAGUAUUUUCCCACAUGCGUUGUGAACUUUCCAAUAUGGUAAUUGCCUUAAUGAGAUAAAGUGUUCCAAGAUAUUAACUGCGCGUAAUGAAAUUGAUAUAGCUGUCAAUCAUUGAGGGAACAAGAAAACAUCAAUGGAGGUCAUCGGUCUUGUGGUUUUGGUUGAAGAACUGGUUAUUGAAAGGCUUUUACAUAGAACAACAUUAAUUGUAUACAUUCAGUUUCAAUAUGUAAAAGAACCAACUUCUUAGAUUGGCAGCUUCUAAAAUAGACUAUAAAUUGAUCUUCUAAACGUUUAGGAUAAGGGUGAAAUAUCAUCUAAAUAAAGAUUUUGAAAGAGUUUCAAUUAUUAAACAUACAUAUUAUGCCAAUAGGAUUGGGCAUAUAUACAAAUUACAAGUAGACGAAAUGGCAAUUGAGCCAUGGUAUUUGAUAGAAUCUAAGGCAGUGAAAAUAGAAAGAUUUGAAUAUUUGAUGUAAUAGUGGUGAAAAAUUUCCGAAUCUAAUAUAACUUAAUACUAAUUCAAAUAAUCCAGACAUGGGAUGAAAUUAAGAAAUAUUUAGAAAAUAAUAUGAUGGAUUUAUCUUUAAAAAAUUGGCCAAAUGUCAACAGAUUACCAUUGCGGACAUCACUCAGCAAGAUCAAAUAGAGUCAUUCCCUAAUAUUAUAUUAACCCCUUAAGGACCAAACUUCUGGAAUAAAAGGGAAUCAUGACAUGUCACACAUAUCAUGUGUCCUUAAGGGGUUAAAGUACCAAAUAUUAAAGUACCAAAUAACAAACAAAGACAUUUUUACAUUUUUGAGAAUAAAAAACGUUUCAAAUAAUUCUCUACUAAAAAGUUCAACAAUAAUUCAUAAACACAUGGAACAAAUGUUCUCACAUGUCAAGGUUUAAAAAAAAUACCUCUUAAGCCAAUAAGUCAAGUUGAUAAAUGACAAACAAAUAAAAAUAAACAAUACCUGGAAUAAGGAGUUAGGAUUGGAGAUUUCAGAACUUGAUUGCUGCUCUUCUCUACGGCAGGUAUAUAAAAAUAUACAUUGCAUUAAUUCAAUAAAAUGGCUAUAUAAAAUCAUGUAUAAUUGUUAUUUGGUUCAUUCCAGACUAUCCAAAAUGUAUCCUACUUAUACUCCAAAUUGUUGAAGAUGUGGAAAUCCAGCGGGUAUCUUUAUACAUAUCUGGUGGACAUGUCCAUUAAUUAAAACAAUCUAGAAAUGGGCAUAUGACAGUUUUAGGGUAUUAUCGAAUGAAAAUGUGAAUAGGUGCCCAGAGACCACACUAUUAAAUUUGAAACUUGAUGCACUUUCAAAAGAAAAUAGAUGUCUGGUAUUCAUUGUCUCAUAGCCUUGACUACUGUAGUAGUUGCCUUGACUAAUGUAAUCCGCUUCUCAGUGGUCUUACGUGCUCACAACUUGCGCCGUUACAGUCCAUAAUGAAUGCGGCGGCGAGGCUCAUCUUCCUGUCCGCCCGCACCUCCCAUGCCUCACCCUUCUGUCAGUCCCUACAUUGGCUUCCUAUAAAAUAUAGAGCUCAAUUUAAAAUUCUGGUUCUUGUUUUCAAAUCUCUACAUAAUGCUGCUCCCACCUAUCUAUCCUCCCUUAUACACAAGUAUGUCCCAUCUAGGCCCUUACGAUCUGCUGAAGACUUACGUCUAUCUUCUGUCCGUAUUCCCACCUCUGAUGCUCACCUUCAAGAUUUCUCGAGGGCUGCACCGUUCCUGUGGAACUCACUUCCCUCCUCAGUUAGAUGCUCACUCAGUCUCCACUCCUUCAAAAAAUCGUUACAAACCCACAUCUUCAUAAAAGUGUAUCAAUUAAACUGUUAAUAGCUCCUGACUGAUUCCUCUUCUGCAACUGUCACUAGUCUAAUACUAUCCUUACCUUUUUGUGUCAUUUUACCCCACUCCCUCUAGCAUGUAAGCUCAUCCUGUGUGUCCAACUUGUCUGGUUACAACUACAUGUCUGUUCGUCCACCCAUUAUAAAGCGCUGCGGAAUUUGAUGGCGCUAUAUAAAUAUCAUAAUAAUAAUAAUAAUAAUAGCAACAAAAAUUAUAACAGCCAGAAAUUGGAAAUCUAAUAUUCUGUUCCAAAAACAGCAGUAUCAAUUGAUAUUCCAAUUUUGUAUGGAAAAAGAAUUGGCUAACUCAAAUCCUCAGCAAUAUAAAAAACAAGAUUGUUUUGAUCUAUGGUUAAAAAAAAAAAAGUAAAACUAAGAUAAAGAAAAUGUGUUUACCUUGCAAAAAGCAUGAUAGAUAAUUAUGAUAGGUUGAUAUAAAAGAUAAAUUUGUAUUUGUAUUAUGUCAAAGUGGGUUUAAAAGAUCACUAUAGUGUCAGGAAAACAAUCUCGCUUUCUUUACACUAUAUAAACCUUUGGUACCGCCCCACCCCCCCCCACCCUGAGGGCCCACCUCCCGCUGGGCUGAAGGGGUUAAAACCCCUCAAACCACUUAUCUUAAUCCAGCGCCAGGCUCCCUUGGCGCUGGUGACCUCUCCUUCCCCUCCGACAUCAGCUCUCGAGUGGAGGGGAAUACGCAUGCGCAUUCAAACAGUCCAUAGGAAAGCAUUUCUCAAUGCUUUCCUAUGGACGUUCUGCACGCUGAAUGCGUUGCAGAAGCGCCUCUAGCGGUUGCCAGGCCACUAGAGGCUAGAUUAACCCUGCAAUGUAAACAUAGCAGUUUCUCUGUAAACAUCUGAAGGUUAAAACCUGGGGGACCUGGCGCCCAGACCACUUCAUUGAGCUGAAGUGGUCUUGGUGACUAUAGUGUCCCUUUAAAGUCUUUGUUGUAGGCUAUGCUUAUAUAAUUAGAUGUUUUAUUGUCUAAAGAAACUGAAAUUUAUUAAGAAAUCUAAACAUACUAAUGGAUGUUGUGAUAUACAAGCUUAUAAUGUUUUGUGGCGUCUUUGUAUAAUAUUUGAAAAAUUAAAUGAAAAAUAUUUAUAAAAAAUAAAAAAAUAAUAAUAGGUAAAUUUUAUAAUAGUUGAAAAAGGGAAACAAAAUUACAGCUAAAUAUUUAAUGUGAAAGACAUAUAAAGAUAUACAGUUAUAAUUAGACAGCAGGAACAUAUAAUAAAGUCCAUUUUAUAUGACUGCAGUAUCAGGGCUGGCCUUAGGGGUGUGCGAGCUUAGGGGUGCCAUGGAGCAGAGGGCACCAUGUGGCCAGCACAGCUCGCACAUGGCCGGGGGACAGGAGUACAGGUGAGCUAAAACAGGUACCUGGGUGAAGGAUGUCAUUAUUCUCCACUCUGGUCUAUGAAAAAAAAAUUGAGGCAGCGUGGGCAGGGCUUGCCAAGUGGCAGAGGUGGGGCUAAAAUGGCAGCAGAGGCAGGGCUAAUACCUACCAGAAGCCCCUGGUAACAGCUGCACAUGAAGGGCGAAGCAAGAAGGAGUCCCUGCUUCCCCAACAACCAACUGCCUCCACUCCCCCUUCCAGCCAUAAUGGAAAGAGGUAAGUGUGUGUGUGUGUGUCUGUGGUUGUCUGAGCAUUUGACUGUCUGUCUGUGAGUGUGUGACUGUCUGCCUGUGUGUGUGACUGUCUGCCUAUGUGUGUGACUGUCUGAAUAUGUGUGUGACAGUCUGCCUGUGUGUGUGUGUGUGACUGUCUGCCUUUAAUGGAGUGUGUGUGUGCCUAUCAGCAUUAGCGAGUGUCUGCCUGCCUGUAACUGAGUGUGUGUGACUGUCUGCUUGUAACGAAGUAUGUGUGACUGUCUGCUUGUGACUGUGUGUGUGUGUGUGACUGUCUGCCUGUAACUGUGUGUGUGACUGUGUGACUGUGUGCCUGUAACUGUUCAUGAUUGUGUGUCUGUAACUGUGUGUGACUGUCUGCCUAUAACUGAGCAUGUGUGACUGUCUGCCUGUAACUGUGUGUGUGUGUGUGUGUGACUGUCUGCCUGUAACUGAGUGUGUCUGCCGGUAACUGAGUGUGUCUGUCUGUCUGCUUGCAACUAUUUGUGUGACUGUCUGCCUGUACCUGUGUGUGUGACUGUAUACAGGCAACUUGGGGGGGGAGGGCGAAGGGGCACCUUGAAGACUUUUUGCACAGGGCACCUAAUGGCCUAAGGCUGGCACGUGCACUAUGACUUGAUUUCCAUUUUGUCAAAGUAUUCCAGUUCUGACAUUAUCUAAACUAGGAAAUGUAAGAUUAGCUCAGAAAAUCAAAUAUGCAUUGGGGCAAUGAAUAGGGUUCAAUUGUUUGCAGAACACGUAGACCAUUGAAACAGACUUGCUUCUUGUACAUAACCACCAUCAUAUCAUGCCAACACUGAUGAAAUCAAGUCUAUUAUUGGGCAUUGUGAGGCUUAAUAUACAUGUCAUUGACCAUUCUCAAUUUGUUUUUUCUUUUAAAUUGAUGCAAGGUGAGCAAUCAAUAUUCACUACACUCAAACAAGUUUUCAUUGAUAAAUAUAACCUUGGAUAUUGCACUGGAUAUUAAAAUGCUUACAAUUUAAACCAAUUAGUCUUUCAUAAGUAUAUUGGUAAAAUCUGCUUUAUGUUUCUAAAACUGAAAUGGUUCAGUUUCAUUUCAUCACACAGAAUAAUUAUCUGCAAGCUACAUGAAUACCAAGUAAAGCACAUUUUGAUCCAGUGAAACACAAAAGUAAAUCUGUCUAAUGAUACUGGAGAAAUAAUAUUUCUUUUUCUGCAUAAAUUUGAAAUGAAGCAAAAUCAUAUGUGUUCUGCAUUGCUAUCGGUUACUAAAUGUCAGCUGAAUUGUUUGAUGAUCUAAUAAUAAUGGUUGACUGAAUUAAUAACAUUCAUUAUUGCUUAGUAAUGGAAGGAAAUUUCCUGCUGGAUCUGAAAAUAGCCUGGAGAACGAGUUCUGGUUUCCCAGAACAAUUCUUAGAAAUGGCUCAAAAUACGUAUGUCCCUGACACAUCAGAUUCUAGUGUAAUAUAUAUUGUAUGCUUAGUCAUGUACUUAUUCUCUUGGUCGAUGUCAUGUUACAUCUAAACCAUUUCUGCAGGUAAUACAUUGGUUUCUUACUAUAUACAGUAUGGCAACUUGUUAUGUAAACAGAUUUUAUUCAAAGAAUAAUUUUUUGAAUUAGUAAGCACACUGUGAAAAAAAUAAGUUGAUGAUUUUUCUAUGUUAACCAUUCAUAUUCAUUCAAAGUGACACAUAAAGGAAUCUGUUAACCAUAGGAAGAUAACAACUGCUUCUCAAUGUAUAUUGAAAUACUAAUGAUGUCUGCAGAAUAAAAUUGUGAAAGUUCAAGCACAAAAAAAUUUGUAUUCCAUUCACAGAAACUGAUUAUGUGGGCUUAUGAUAAAUGACCACAUUUCCACUGUUUCCCAAUUCAAAAAACUUUAAGUCAGCAGGUCUUCAUGGCAACAUUGAAAUAAGGCAUGUAAUAGGACCGUUUGUUUCUCUUAAUGGUGAUGAUUUACACUCUGCAUUUAAAAUUAGAUAACAGCAGCCCUUUUUCUGGAUAGUAUGUUGCUGUCAAGAACACAUACCAAGUCAUGUGCACCUUCAUCAGAGGAAAGAAGUAUAAUGGCUAGGCUGCCCCUUAUAUAUGUAUUUCCCUCAUGGAUCUCGACAGCUUGAGCCAAUCGCUGGCAUAUACAUCAGAUAUUUCCAGGUGACACUUCCCCUUACAGUUGUGAGAGUAACUGUCUUCUUGUUAAUUCAUUAAACAAUCUAGCAUGUUUAAAAAUAAAUUAAGCAGGUCUGUCAUAAUAUGCUUUUAACUCAUAAUUAUAUAAAUUCAUAAUAAAAAUUAUUUUUGAGUUGUCAUUAAUGGUAAAUUUUCAGGCUGGACAAAAGUGGUAAGUGGUGUCCCUCAGGGUUCUGUUUUGGGUCCACUUCUAUUUAACAUAUUUAUAAAUGAUCUUGAUCUAGGCAUUGAAAGUCAUGUUUUAGUGUUUGCAGAUGACACAAAACUUUGUAAAGUAAUAAAAUGUGAGCAGGAUAUUGCUUUGCUGCAAAGGGAUUUGGAUAAAUUGGAGGACUGGGCACUGAAAUGGCAGAUGAAAUUUAAUGUAGAGAAAUGCAAAGUUAUGCACUUUAGUGUCAAGAAUGCACAAGCAACUUAUACCCUAAAUGGUAGUGAAUUAGGGAUAACCCCACACGAGAAGGAUUUGGGAAUUGUUAUAGACAAUAAAUUAGGCAGCAUUAUGCAAUGUCAAUCUGCAGUUGCUAAGGCCAGUAAGGUUUUGUCAUGUAUAAAUAGGGACAUAAAUUCUCGGGAUGAAAAUAUAAUUUUGCCUCUUUAUAAAUAGCUGGUAAGACCACACCUUGAAUAUGCUGUGCAAUUUUGGGCACCUGUUCUAAAAAAGGAUAUCAUGGCACUAGAAAAAGUGCAGAGACGAGCUACAAAAUUGAUAAAAGGAAUGGAGCAUGUUAGUUACGAAGAAAGGUUAAAAAAUGUAAAUCUCUUUAGUUUGGAAAAACGGUGCCUCAGAGGGGAUAUGAUAACAUUAUAAAAAUAUAUUCAGGGCCAGUACAAACCAUUAUCUGGAAAUCUAUUCAUAAACAGGGCUAUACAUAGGACACAAGGUCACACAUUUAGGCUGAAAGAAAUGCGCGUUUCACCUCUCUGGCUCUUCACCUCUCCAGAGAGGUGAAACGUGUGUCAGGGGAACACAACGGUGCUAUCCAUUAGUCACUGCACCAACAGUGACUGCACAUUGAGACAUUCUUCAGCAGUCUCGUGUUCUACUAAUUAGUAUAACUUGGAUUUGUGCCAACAGCUAUCUUACUGCACUAUCACAAGCAACUUAGCUUGCUAGGAGCUGACAGUCAUUUCUGAUAUUCAUCAGUAUUUAAUCCACUUUAUUAGUGUAUCUGGGGAGCAGUGUUUAUCAUAAUCUCAGCUUCCUAUGCAGGAUCUCUGGCGGGAGGUUCUUUCUAACCAGCGUUUAGGGAAUCUGCAGGCUUUAUUUAAGGGGUGCCCUCAAAGGCACAAGCACUUAGUGAAUUUUGGUAGCUAGUCCAGUAAUAUUUCUACCUAUUAUUGCUGCUGCUCUGCACCCGGUAUAUAUACACAUCACCUUUGUGAUAUAUAUUUCUGCAGCCCUGUUUUGCGAUACUAGCUACUCACUCUGGAUCUCCCUCCAUUUAACUAUACACGGUCUGGGUAUAUGCGCUCAUACCACGAGCGCAGUGCCUCUGGCAACAGUAGGCCACGGAUACCAAUAGGCAUACUACUGCCUAUAAAACACUGCGAAAACUGGGUGUUAUAUAUUACCAACUAGCCGUUACUACUAUACCGUGCCAUCUGAAUAAUAACCCUACCGCUUCAUCUUGUAGCGGUUUUAUUUAUCGGGUUAUAUUAUUCCUGUACAUUACACUAUCUUGGUGUCAGCCGAGACGAGCCAUGAUGAGUUAUACCUAAUAACUGUCUCACUAUAAGGACGCUAUUUUCAUUGCAGCCUGUCACUACAGUUUAGAGGCUGCAAUUGUAUUUAUGUUUACCAGUGCUCUGGGUUACUAUUGUAGCUUGAGUGGCAGCCCUUGAAUACAUUUUGUAUAAAUUGUUCCAACUAACACUUUUUAUCUAAUGAGGGGCUGCUUGCACAUAUAUUUACACAUUUUUUGUAUCAUUAUAUAUUUUGAUUCAAUUAUGUUCUUAGCGUGUGCUCUUGUGGUUUUAUGCAUGUAUAUUAAAAGUUAGGUUUUACAUUUUAGUUAAAGUUGUACAUACAGUGUCUACCACUUACUGUCCCCUUCCCUCCUAAGGGAUUUACACUCUCUAGGAUUUUCCACCACAAUUCCUUACUUUUCUCCUGUCCCCUUCCCCCCUUUUUGGUUAUUUAGUUUUUGGCGGAAUUUACUAGGGGUUAAUACCCACUCAGGAGAUUAUUCACUUUGGUACCUCUCUACCCUUAGAAUUUUUCUACACUUUAGCAUUAGCAACACGUAUCCUUUGAAGUAUUAUUCAUGUUACUGAAUUUUAUGAAACACAUUUUUUACUCAUAAGAGCACAAUAGUGUCACAGUGGGGGUAGUAUAUAAUGCUUGUUCAGGUGAAAACCCUUUUGAUACCAUUUUUAAAAAUCCAUUUCUCCUUCCUAGAAUCUGAAACAGGAGUCAAAUUUCUUCUGAAAUGUAAUUAUUAUUUAUUAUUUCUAAGUCAAAAGGUAUCCAUCUACUGUUUGAGGAAGGCUGCGUUAGUUUUAGAUGGAAUAUAUAUCAUUUUACACCUUAAAAAUAUUUACAAGUAUCCUGAUUUAUUCAGUGAAUGCAUUAGUUUCAGCAGUCAAUCAAUGUAUUGUUUUGUAUUUGCAGUGCUCGUAUAUACCCAGAUGUGGGAAGAACUAUGAAGAAUCAAUGUCCCUUGUUAAUAUCAUUAUGGAAAACUUCCGAAAACAUCAACGUUUUUCGUGUUUUUAUGAUCCUGAAGGAAAUCAAAAGAAUGUCAUUUUGACCAAACUCUACAGUUCCAACGUGUUAUUUCAUUCGUUGUUUUGGCCGACAUGUAUGAUGGUCGGUGGGAUUGCCAUUAUCGCAAUGGUGAAGCUCACACAGUAUCUCUCUCUUCUAUGUGAGAGAAUCCAAAGGAUCAACAGAUAA